AUGAUGAAGACUGAGCCCCAGAAUAGUCCUGGUGGCAGUAGCAGCAGCAGUGGCAGUGGUGGUGGCGGCGGCAACAACGGCGGCAGUGGAGGAGGGAGCCUACGGAGUGCCUCGCCUCACCGGAACGCCUACGAAGCUGGCAUCCAGGCCUUGAAAGCCACCAAGGAUGCCCUUGGCAACGCCGAGAGCGAGGAGGCCAAGAAAGCCCGGAACAAGAAGUAUGGCUCCAACGUCCACCGGAUCAAGAACAUGUUCUUGCAGAUGGGGACGGCGGGCCCCGCCGGGGAGGGCGCCAUGGACCUGGCCAAGAUGAAGGAGAAGCCCGUGCGGCUGUCCUUGCCCCGGGCCAGCAGCCUGAACGAAAACGUGGACCACAGCGCCCUUCUGAAGCUGGGCACCAGCGUGUCCGAGAGGGUGAGCCGCUUCGACUCCAAGACGGACAAACCGCUCUCCAAGCUGCAGGAGACGAGGAAGAUCUUUGAGAGGAGCCUGCAGGAGAAGGAGACCAGCAACAAGCUUCUGCUGAGGAAGGAGAGGGCCGGGUUCCAGGACAGGAAGCUGGACGUGGUGGUGAGGUUCAAUGGCAGCACCGAGUCCUUGGACAAGCUGGACACCGAGGCUGUGUCGCCCACCGUCAGCCAGCUCAGUGCCGUCUUUGAGAAGGCCGACUUGAGGAACAACCUCCACAAGGCCCCUGGGAAAGUUGGGCCCCUCAACUCCAAGAUUGUCCCCAAGAGGCCCAGGGUUUUCCUUCAGGCCCCAGAAGGGGCCAAAGCAGAAGGGAGAAGUAGUAGUAGUAGUAGUAGUGACGGGCCUACUGCUCUCCAGGCGAGAGGCAGGCUGCCUGAGGCCGACAAGAGCCAGGCCAAACUUCCUGCUGGCGGAGGGGCAAUGGCGAAGCCGGGGGAUGGCAACGCGGGAAGUCUGCAUCCCCAGAAGGUCCAGGAGGUGCGCAAGAUCAAGCCCGUGGAAGUGGAGGAGAGCGGGGACUCAGAGCAGGAGUUUGAGGCGGCCGAGGUGGCCGUGGCGGCGGCAAUUGCCGAAGAGCGCAGCAAGGCCGCUUCCAAGGGGCUUGGCGAGGCGAACCGGGCAGAGGUGAUCCAGGCCGAGGUCACGGUGCACGCCGCCUUGGAGAACGGCCGGCCGGGUGGCGAGAGGCACCUGGAGACGCCAGACCCUCUGGCGGACGCUUUCGGCGAGGAAGGGGCCAAGGCGGAAGGGCCGGAGGAGAAUGACUUGUGCGACGAGUCGAAGAGAGAGGACUUCUCCGAGGCUGACCUGGUGGACAUCAGUGCCUACAGCGGGCUGGGGGAGGAUUCGGGAGGGAGCGGGCUGGACGAAGACGAAGACGCCGAUGGACUGUACGCGCCGGAAUCCAGCUGCAUGGAGAUCGCUGGGCUGUCGGAAGAGGAGGAGGCCGCCCCCAACCGCAAGAUCCAUUUCAGCACUGCUCCCAUCCAGGUAGGCCAAGGCAUGAGAUGUUCUGAGCAGGUAGGACGUACAACUGGGCUUGGCAAGGCUCAGCUGUUCUUGGGUCUGGGAAGUCCGUCGCCUGCUGGGGGUCACUGUCAGUGAGUUUUCCGAGCUAGAAUCUUCAAAUCGUUUUAGAGUUGGAAGAGACCAUGGGAAUGAUCUUGUCCAAUGCCCUGCAGUGCAGGAAUAUUUUGCCCAAUGUGGGGCACAAACCCACGACCCUGAGAUUAAGAGUUCUCAUGCUCUACCAACUGAGCUACCCCUCAGUUUGGCCUAUCUGGGUUUGGCCUAGCUCUCACAUGUAGCUUAUGAGGUGGGGAAGGGCCACAGCUCAGGGAUAGGGUAUCUGCUUUGCAUGCAAGAGGUCUCAGGUGCAGCCCUUGACAUUGACAGGUAGGAGAGACCCUUGCCUGAAAUCCUGGGGGGCUGCUGCCAGUCAGUGUAGACAAUACUGAGGAAGAUGGUCAGAGGUCUCACCCAGUGUAAGGUGGCUUUCUGAGUCCCUGUAUCUCGAUUGUACCUCCACAAAGGCUGCAAGCCGAGUUUGCUUGAUGGGGUGGCUCCUCCAUCCAAAAAUUACCUUGCGUUUGAUAAAUAUGUUCCCUGUGCAUGCCAUGCCAAGGAGAAGGCAUGAAGCUCCACCUUCUUCCUGAUCAGCUAGAUUUCUACAUGAAAGGAAAGGCGUGUAAAAAGACAUGCGCUUGUUUGUGUGGAGCUGCAUUAACCUGCCAUCUGGAUUGGCCCAGUCAUGGCACAGCCUCCCACAACCCACUGGCCUGUUGGGGAGGACCAGGCCUAAAGAUGGGCUUUCUCCCCACACCAACCCUCUCCUCAGGAAGAUUUCCAAUGAGAAGGCCUCGAUAUCGAAAAGCCUAUAGCAAACGAUUACUUGAGAACUACAGACCGACAGGAAAGGGGUUGUGUGUCCCUCUUUUGCAUAUAUGUAUUUUUAUUUUGAACUUUAGGAGCUCUGGAAACACUGGAGGGAAGGUUCUGUUCAAGAACAGCAAAGCAAAACUCUCAUCCUAAGGGCUAGUGGCAGAAAAAAGGGGCCUGGUUGCUGCUUUUAACAGGGCUGGCCUCUCUCUGAGGCAGAUCUACAGGACUCAAGACUAUCUGUGCAAAGGUGGUUUUAGGACCAAUAGGCCAGACAGUAUCAUGGCAGAUAGUGACAGUGUUUUGGAGUGCCCCCGCCCCAUCUCUCACUCAAUCCCCCCCUUUUUUUCCUUUCCAUUGUAGAAUCCUAGGGAGAGAGAAAGAAUAUUUGUCUAGGGUGGAAAAUCAGGGAAUGGGUGGGGUUGAAGGAGACCGUUCCCUAGCCUGAGAUUUCGGCAGACAGGGAGAUGCUGCUGAGGUGACUUGAUAUUGCAAAGCAGUCUGGGGGUGGGAGAGGGAGAAACCAUUCUCCAUCCCUCCCCCCCUUUUUUUUGCAAAACCACUGCUUUUAUGGAACGCUCAGGGCGAGGGAGGGAUUAUUAAUGAACCCGUUUCUGUCUGGCUGCCGGUAGUAAAGGGGAUAACACAUUGGAUGUGAAAUCUCCGUUUCUCACACUCCAUCCCACCUCGGCUGGGGGCUGCAUGUUUCUGGAAGAAGGAGGGAGAAGGGAGGGGUGGGCUGGGGAGAGAGAUGUCACCGACACAAAUUCAGGGAGAUGGCUCAUCGCCAUCUGUUCCUUUCUAGCCCUCCUGCUGCCCCAAUGCCCCUUAUUCCCUCUCGGAGUUGCUAUCGAUUGGCUACCUUUCCGCUCUUCAACACCUUGCAAGGAUCAAAGGCGUACUGACCAUCAUUCCCAAACAGUUAGCUUGGUUUUGUCCCCUGCAAAAGGCCAGCUUUGCCAGGGGUGAAUCUGGAGGCAGGAAGACUCUCUAGUCUUCCCCAGAUGGGGGAAAUGAAUGGCAGCUCUCCUGUUCUGCUGGGGACUGGGGCCCACAGGGAGAGGGGCAAUCAAUAACCAGAGCCUGGUCCAGGGGUGUGGUAAGGCGAGGCAAAUCAGGACCACGGACAGCUCCGACUAGGCCCUGCGUGCUGAGCUUGGGGAGAUGUUGUCUCAGCAGAAGGCUUAGGGUCAUCUGAAGCCUUUGAAAGGACAGCAGGGUUUGACUUUCCAGUAGCUCUGCCCCUCUGCCCCGACCCCAGAGAGCUGUUGGCAAUAUUUAAAGGGCCUGUAGCCUGUUCUUCAGUCACAGGAGAUUCUACAUGGGGAUCAUCUUCAUAUGCAAGAGCUACGUAUUCAGGCCUGGUCAGUGUAGAAGGGGCUGUUGCUGAAGGGUCUCCCCUCCAGUGGGUUGACAGGUUUGUCAUCCGAAUGAGAUCCAUGUUCAGGCCAGCACUGGGAACCUGAGACAGGGGGACAUGACAGCCCUCUGGCGGGUGCCCAUGAGGUCAUAGACCUGGAUAGAAGGAGAUGGUCAAUCAGGCCAACGUUUUCAAGUUCUGAGAUAGGAUUCAACAUGGAUCAUUAACUCAGGUUGCCCAUGAUAUCUCCACUUAAUGGUUGGUGUGUUGUAGUGGUUAGUGGGUUGCAGCUGGGCCAGCAAGACCCUGGUUGAAAUCCCUGUUCGGCUGCAAAGCUUCCUGGGUCUGUCACCCAUCUCUCAGCCUAACCCACCUCGCUAGGUUGUCAUGAAGAUAAAGGGGGAGAAGCCCAGGUCGUUUUGAGUUCUUUGGGUAGUUGGGACAAAAAGGGAAUAUGUCUGGAGAGAGAUUAGAACGUAGGAACAUGGGUGAAUGUCCCACGAGCAGAUGGCAGGGGCAAAGAAGCAGUGUUCAAAAUUUACCAGGUGUGAGUCCGGUUGUGACUAUGUAGAGUUUUCUGGGUGCCAGGCUAUCAACCAUAGUUUAGGAAACCUCUGCCUUGGUCCACAGUUAAUACCAAUUCCGUUCCCCCUGUGUGUGAUUCUCCUUCUUGCAUUCUGGGACAAGUGAACUGUUGCCGGACUAAGCUACAGCCCAUCAAUGUUGUCGAGAUCAUAGCAUCAUGGAAUUGUAGCAUUGGAAGGGAACCCAAGGGCCAUCUAGUCCAGCCCCAGACAUUCCAUUGUGGUGACCGUAACCUACGUAGGUUUAAGAUGCCAUGGGGCGCCUACCUUAUAUAUAUCCUGAGUUUCUAACGCUGCGAAGAAGGUGCCUUGCGCCAAUAAGUUAACAGGAACGGGAGAGCGAUGUUGCAGCCAUGCUCUUUCCAUAGGAAUCUAGUUGGUUGCUGUGGGGUCAGGAUGCUGGGCUAGACAGACCUUUGAUGUGAUGCAGCAAAGCUCUUAGCUUCUCAGAGUGCAUUGUUACUCUGUGGAACUCACUCCCUUGGGAGGGAUUCAAAUUCACCAAUUUGUGUGAAUUUAAAAGAUUGGACAAAUUCUUGGAGGAGAGAGGGCUGUCAGUGGCUACUCGCCACGAUGACUCUGCUCUGCCCUCGACGCCUGGAGGCAGUAAUACUUCUGAAUACAGUGGACGCUCAGGUUGCAAAUGUGAUCCAUGCGGGAGGCACGUUCGCAACCUGCAGUGCUGCUUCUGCGCAUGCGCAUGUUGUGAUUCGGUGCUUCUGCGCAUGCGCAAAGCACAAUUUCACGCUUCUGUGCAGGCGCAAGCGCUGAAACACAGAAGUAACCUGUUCCGAUGCUUCUGGGUUUUGGCGGGUCUGUAACCCGAGGUAUGACUGUACCAAUUGAUGGAGACUGCAGGAAGGGAGAGUGAUCUUCUGCUCAGGCCUUGCGAGUUUCCCCACAGGCAUCUGGGUGGCUACUGUGAGAACAGGAUGCUGGCGUGGACCUGAUCCAACAGGCUUUUCUUAUGUUCUUUGGCCUUCUGGCAUUGUUCUGUCUUAGCCAACAUCCUGGCACCAGGUCAUGGCAUAUGGGACUGCUCGCUGGCAGAAGAGGAAGCAUUACUCCAGUCAGGCUGCCAUAAGAAAGUUCAGGUCCCUGGGAGCUGACAGAAUGCGCUAGCUUAUAGGCUCAAGGGUCAGAUUUUAAGACCCUGGGGUUUUAAGAUCCCUGAUCACCAGCUCCAAAAGAGGGGCCACUGCAAUUUACAUGUGAACAGAGCCGUCUUGCUUUAUGUGUUUUAACCAUGAAAGAGAGCUGAGUGUUAGACCCCCGCAAAGAACAAUUAAAUCUGCCAAAUGCCAACACAACAAGAAAACAAAAAUGUUCCUCAGGGAGAUAAAGCAGGUAACCUUGACCUAGUCUAGGACAUUGGCAAGGCCGGCUCUGUCAUUGGCCAGACUGAAUCAGAUGCCUCAGGCAUGGUUACUUUUGUGGUAUUUUUUGCUCCCUAGGAGAGGUGCUUGUGGGAUGUUCUGUCUCAGGUAGCAAAAUGUAAACCUGGUCAGCCUUUGGGGGACGAUGCAUUUUGUCCUUCUCUGGAGUUGGGGGCAGCGAUUGUUGUUGCUCCCUGGGCAGCGAGGCGUCUUAGGCAGCGAGGACUUCCAUGGAAAGCGGCAGGAUGCCUGGCAAGUCUUUUGUGCUCGUGAAAUUCCUUUUAGGGAGACUCCGUGGGCGAACCUUGUGCCGAACAGAAGGCACGACAUUUGCCGCAUGUGUGGCUGGGAAGGAAACCUCCCCCGUUGCCGGUGACCCUGAAGGGUGGGUCUUCUUUGGUCUUUUUCCUGUUUCUCCUGCUUGGUGGGCUUGGCCUGGAUUCGCCCCUCGUCCCCUUUGGGUCUCUGCUGAUAGGUUAGUGCAGGGGGGAAGGAACUAUUCUUAGCCCAGGACCACAUUUCCAGCUUUCCAGGGGCUGUGGGCCAGUGGUGGGUGGGAACAGAGGUGCAGGUCAAUUCUGUAUCCAGGGCAGCCGCCUACCAGCUCCAUCUGGUACGCAGGCUGAGACCCUACCUGUCCGCAGACUGUCUUGCCAGAAUGGUGCAUGCUCUGGUUAUCUCCCGCUUGGACUACUCCAAUGCACUCUACGUGGGGCUACCUUUGAAGGUGACCUGGAAACUACAACUAAUCCAGAAUGCGGCAGCUAGACUGGUGACUGGGAGCGGCCGCCGAGACCACAUAACACCGGUCCUGAAAGACUUACAUUGGCUCCCAGUACGUUUCCAAACACAAUUCAAAGUGUUGGUGCUGACCUUUAAAGCCCUAAACGGCCUCAGCCAGUAUACCUGAAGGAGUGUCUCCACCUCCACUGAGGUCCAGCUCCAAGGGCCUUUUGAUGGUUCCCUCACUGCAAGAAGUGAAGUUACAGGGAACCAGGCAGAGGGCCUUCUCGGUAGUGGUGCCCUCCCUGUGGAACACCCUCCCAUCAGAUGUGAAAGAAAUAAACAACUAUCUGAAGACACCUGAAGGCAGCCCUGUUUAGGGAAGUUUUUAAUGUUUGAUGUUUUGUUGUGUUUUUAACAUUCUGUUGGAAGCCACCUAGAGUGGUUGGGGAAGCCCGGCCAGAUGGGCAGGGUAUGAGUAAUAAAUCAUCAUCAUCAUCAUUAAACUGGUGGGGCAAUGAAUGCAAAUAUCACCUUUGUGCAGUAGGCUAGUUUCUGCACACACUCACAUGCUCCUCUAUAACCUCCGAGCAGACCAGCAAAAGGCAUAAUCAGUACUCAAGGACACAUCCCAGCCAGGCAAAAACGCUUGCACUAUGAAGCAGGGCCAGCGAGGGGUGAGGCCAGGAGAGAGUUUAGAGAGUCAGAAAGAGAUGGGAAGGAUGCUUUGGGCUCUUGGGGCUGAGGCUUCCUACCCCUGUGUUAGUGGAUGAAGAGAUUUGGUUAACGGUGAAUCCUACCUUGAAAGGAAAUGCCGCUGGUCUCAGCCCCUAUGGUGGUGAGAAAUCUGUUCCUGCCUUCUUUUAUUCAAGCUAGUUCUGAAGAUGAACUGUGGUCUGUACGAAGAGCAGCUCGUCAUAUUCCUGCUCCAGCCUGUGCCCUCCCAACAGUUGACUGUAUAUUAGCUUGAAGAGCUUCAUUGCCAAUGGUUUAGAUGCAGGUUUAUUACAUCGCUCACUGGGGCAAGGAGGUUUGAGCAUAUUACACUGAUCCAGGCCCAAUUGCACUGGCUGCCAAUUAGUUUUUGGGCCCAGUUCAAAGUGCUGGUUUUGACCUAUCAAGCUUUAAAUGGCUCAGGACCACCGUACCUCAAGGACAGCCUUUCUCCAUAUGAACUGAGCCAGACCCUGCAACCAUCAUCUGAGGCCCUUCUUCGCAUACCUCCUCUGCCCAGAGGUGGAAAGAGAAGAACUGGGCCUUUUCUGUGUUGGCUCCCCAUUUGUGGCAUGCUCUCCCCAGGGAGACUCGGCUGGUGCCGUCAUUAUACACAAUUAGGCACCAGGCGAAAAUGUUCCUCUUCAACCAGGCCUUGGGCUGAUUGCCAUCCGAUGCCCUUUUAAAUGUGUUGUGGGAUGGGGCUGGGGUUAUUGGUCUGUUUUUGUUUUUAUUACGUAUGUUGUGUGUUUUCAUGUUGUGAUUUUAUGUUGUGAACUGCCCUGAGAGCUGUGGAUGAAGGGCAAAUUUAAAUAACAACAACAACAAUAUAUUGCUUCCCACUAAAAAAUACCACAAAGUCAUUUAUAGCCGAGUAAAAAACAAUCACCAAUGAUAAAAUCAGAUAGGAUAUUAAAAACAGAUCUAACACUACAGCAGCAUUUGUGCUUCCCAAGUGCCUGGGAAAAUAAAAAUGUUAUUUUCAUGGCACUGAAACAAUGACAAGGUUGGCACCAGGCAGGCCUUCCGGGGGAGAGCAUUCCAGAAACAGGGGGCCACUACAAAGAAGGCCCAGUCUCUCCUCACCACCUUCUGAAGUUCCCUGGGAUGUGGUGUUCACAGAAGAGCCUCAGGUGAUGUUCUCAGCAUCCAGGCAGGUUCAUAAUGGGGAAAGGCAGCUCUUUAGCUCUUCUUUGAACAGCAACAAACACAAUGAGGGGGCGAGAUGGCAUGGUGCAUGUUGCCCGCCAGAGUCACACAAUGCUUUGCUACCCUUGCCAGUCAAAUGUGCCACCCAGGAGGAAGGAGACAUUCUUUCAGGGAGUGUAUUCCCAGCAGUGGCACUACACCAAGGAAGGUCGCAAUGGCAGGGGGCAAAUCACUCCUGUGAAAAACAGCUUAAUUUAAUAAACUAGAUUCAGAUCUUGUGGUUAGGAGGGAAUGUUCCUGCUUUGUUUCAUACUAGCAGCCGCAUACCCGGCUUUGCUCAGGAAUACUAAGCAACAAAAACAGCGCAGUUUUGAAAUUGGUGUUUCAAACCAGCUUUGGAAGGUUCAGUCCGCCAUCUUGAUUCAAAAUGGCGCCCGUUUGUAUCCAAACAUUGACAAAAAACCCAACAACCCUGCUCCUUGGUCCCUGGAACUUUCAGGCAAAAUUUGGUUGUGAUAUCAUAAGAGGCAUCCAAGCGGAUGGCGAAACAACUUUCCGAAACAUAUAAUCAAUCAUAGAAUUGAAGAGUUUGAAGGCACCCCAAGGUUCAUCUAGUCUAACCCCAGGCAAUGCAGUAAUCUUUUGCCUGAUGUUAGGCUCGAACCCAUGACCCUGAGAUUAAGAGUCUCAUCUUUAAGAUUUUAUUUUUCCUCACAUGUGGAAACGCAGUGUUUUCUCAUCUGGCAUACAAGAGCCAAAGCAGGUUUCAAAGUUGAGACAAGUAUACGAGAUGAGUUGGCACAUGUUUGCUAGUGGAAAAUGCAUCACCAUGAAAGGGAAGCUUCCUGCUUCUUUUAAGGUCCAAACUGAAAGGGAAAGCCAUCUUUAAAUAUGUUUUGCGACUUCUGCAGAAAGGGGAAAGAGGAAGCUAGCCUGCCUGUGUGCAUAUGAGAUCUACUCAGUGGUAUGUCCUUUAGUCAACCCCAGUGUCAGGGGCGGGGUGGUGGGUUUUAGUCUCUGAUGAAAGCUUCAGUGGAAAGAGGAUGCAAUUAAACAUUACAGCCUCUCAUGUUAACUUAUAAUCAGACGUUACCAUGAAGCUUCUGACUGAUGCUCUGGCUUGCUUCAGAAGUUUUUUGUUGUUUUUUUGCAACUACAGUGGUACCUCGGGUUACAGACACCUCGGGUUACAGACACUUCAGGUUACAGACUCCGCUAACCCAGAAGUAGUACUUCGGGUUAAGAACUUUACCUCAGGAUGAAAAUAGAAAUCGUGCUGCGGCGGCAGUGAGAGGCCCUAUUAGCUAAAGUGGUACCUCAGGUUAAGAACGGUUUCAGGUUAAGAACGGAUCUCCAGAAUGAAUUAAGUUCUUAACCAGAGGUACCACUGUAGUUGAGCUCUUGUUGCUGAAUUCAGAUUCUGAAGCAGAGUCUUGGCUCAAAUGAAGACCUGGUCAAAAAUGAAUUCAUUACUCUUACUCGUUCAUGAGCGGCUUCCAUAGUCACCUUCCCCUUUCUCCUGACAACAACCCUGUGAGGUAGGCGAGGAGAAAGAGAGAGCGAAUGGGCAAGAUCAUAGCUGAGCAGGGAUUUGAUUCAAGCCUCCCUGUCCUGGUGUGAUCACGACAUCACACUUUGGCUCUCUUCAGGGAUGGGCAGUUUGAUUUGAAAUUCUGCUUUCAGCAGUUGUGCCAAAUUCUGCACCUUUUCCAGCUUCUCUUCCUUUGUCAACACCCUUUCUUCUCCCAACAGCUCGCAGCCCCAACAAUUCCCAGAUGCUGUGUAACAUUUCCUCAGUAGCCGGGCCUAUCCUUUCACUUUCCUGACAGGAACCUGCACUGAUGGGGAUAAUAUUCCAUUGCUGUCAGCUUCCCCCUGAUCAGUUAGAACAUUUGUGAACAUGUCAUAAUUACACAUUUGCUCAGCGACUGAUGUGCGGGGAAGCAAAGACAUUCCAGUUUCAGAGCGUUUUCGGUACGUUAUAUUCCUAUACAAAACUCCAUAUUUUACAGGGGGGAAACUGAGGUUGAAAAACUGCAGUAAUUUCAAGGCCCUAUAACAGUUCCAAGGUAGAUCUGGGAAAUAAAUCCAGAUUUCCCAGUCCCUGUUUGGAAUACAUCAAUGAGCUCUACUUGGGGCUACCUUUGAAGGUGACUCGGAAAUUACAACUACCGUAUUUUUUGCACCAUAACACUCACUUUUUUCCUCCUAGAAAGUAAGGGGAAAUGUCUGUGCAUGUUAUGGAGCGAAUGCCUGCGGGUGGUGGUGGGGAUCUGCUGCAGUCGUGAGCAGAGGAUCCAUGGUUCCCCUUCCUUCCCUCCUCCGUGGUUACAAAGCAUGGAUCCACAUGGAUCCUCAGGAUUUUUGCAUUGGGCUACUCCAAACUCACUGUCAGAUCACAUGUCUGUGGCCACAGCAUGAACCACAAAAAUCAUAUAUCCACUAUUUCGUUUAGAAUAUUUUUUCCCUUGUUUUCCUCCUCUAAAAACUACGUGCGUGUUAUGGUCUGGUGCGUGUUAUAGAGCGAAAAAUACGGUAAUCCAGAAUGCGGCAGGUAGACUGGUGUCUGGGAGUGGCUGCCAGGACCAUAUAACACAGGUCCUAAAGGAUCUACAUUGGCUCUCAGUGCGUUUCCAAACACAAUUCAAAGUUUAAAUGCUGAUAUUUAAAGCCCUAAAUGGCCUCGGCCCUGUAUACCUGAAGGAGUGUCUCCACCCCCAUCAUUCACUGAGGUCCAGCUCUGAGAGCCUUUUGGAGGCUCCCUCACUGUGAGGUUACAGGGAACCAGGCAGAGGGCCUUCUUGGUAGUGGCACCCGCCCUGUGGAAUGCCCUCCCCUCUGAUGUUUAGGGAAGUUUUUAAUGUGUGGUGUUUUACUGUGGUUUUAUAAUUGGUUGGAAGCUACACAGAGUGGCUGAGGCCACUCAGUCAGAUGGGCGGUAUAUUAUUAUUAUUAUUAUUAUUAUUAUUAUUAUUAUUAGAGUGGUCCAUCCCUCCCACUCCAUGAAACCAGAAAUCUCAAGAUUCCCUUCAUGUUAUGAGCAUAAGAGCCUUGCUGGAUCAGACCAUAGGUCUACCUAGUCCAGUGCCCCCAGAGAUGCUUAUGGGCUAUCUACUAGCAGAACAUGAGUCUCAUAGUGGAGCAAAUAUUGUUGUCAUAGCUAGUAGCCAAUGAUAGCGCUAGCCUCUGUGAAUCUGUCCAACUUGUUUUCAAAGCCAUCCAAGUUGGUUGAUGCAAAGGAUAAAGAGGCAGCCCAUUUUGUGGAAUAUUUAAAAUGGCACAUCACCAAUCCUAGAUGUGUGUGGUUGGGUCAUGUCAAGCUGCCAGGGUCAUGGCAGCUGCCCAAGGGUGCUAGGUGCUUAUUCUGAGUCUGGUAACGGGGGCCAGGGUUCCUUGGAAGGUAAACCAAAGUAGAAAGCCUUUGCCGAAGACAGUUCAGCAUCCGCCUUCAUAUACCAGCUAUCAGCAGGGUGAGAUGCUAAAUACCGCUGCACGUCAGCGACGGAUCACUGUCAAAUAUCAACCUGCAAGAUACCAAAACAAUGAAAUCAGAUAGGGUGGGGUGUUGACGACAGCUGGCAAACAUGCAGCCGUUUACAGGCUUGGCAGAAUUAGCAAAUGAGAAUUGCGAGCGAUAGCGGACAGCCAGGUGGGGAGAAGGCGCUUACCUUUCCUGGCAGGCGGAUCGAUACGAUACGAUAUCUUUAUUGUCAUUGUCCCAUGCAGAACAAUGAAAUUGAAAAAUCUACCUAAAACCCCUAAAACCUCUGAAACCCCAUUUUAAAAUACAGUAUAGUUCUAUAGAGAUUCCUUAUCCUGUGUUUAAAAACAGAAUUGCAUUUGGGUAGAUCAUGGCUGCUUUUUGGGAGGGACAUGGUGGCGGCAAGAUGGGUGCAGUACAGACGCAUCAGCAGAGCCAGUCCGGAGUUCCUGCUGCCGCGACCGCACUGUGCCACCCUCCCUGCCGCCUCCUCGUUUCGGUAGGGCAGCCCCCACAAAGCCACCCGCUACUGUUUUUCUGAGGAUAGUUUUCAGGAGCAAAAUUGGUCCGGCCCUAUCACGUUCGUGUAAGGAAAUUGGAACUGAGCCACAUAUCCUGCAGCAGUGCUCUCUCUCACAUGCUAUGUUGGCCCACAAGGUUCCUUGGAGUGGUGUUAUUGUCUGCUGUCGUUAACCCCCUGCUGCUAUAAUCCUCCCACGCCCCCCACCCCAGGAGAGGAUGCUGGGUUAUCCUCUUCCUAGGUGGCCCCCAUUUUCAGGCUGAUGGGCCAUCUGCUCAGCCUUGCAACGUAGCAUCAGGUGGACUCUUUGUGCACUGGGGAUAAGCCAAACAGCGCAAAUUAUUAGACAAUAGCCUCUUUUCCCCGUUCCUGCUGGCCAGCUUUAGUUGCUCUCCACUUCCCUCGAUCUGGAUGGUCAAGGGAAGGGUAUAUAAGUCUGGAAGGAGGAGAGACCCACGUCCUGUGACAAACGGCCUAACAAGAAUUCAAGAUCAGAGGGGCUGAUGGGGAAGAGGGUGUGCUGUUCACCUAUAAAGCAGGCAGCCCAACAGGUGUCCACAAGGCCUGGCAGCAGGGGAAAGGUACCUGUGCCCCCAAGGAGGAUGGACUGCAAGGGUCCACAAUGCUUGCGAGGACGGGCUGCUAGGUCUUGGAGGACCGCUCUAGAGAAGAUAGAAAACAAAGUAAUCCAGGCAGAACGCAUAGAUCGGGGGGGACAGGACGGAUGGACCUUGCAGACAUCCAAAUGUUGUUCGACUACUGGCUGGGGCUGAUGGGAGUUGGAGUUUGACAACGUCCCCAGGGCCUCAGCAUCCCCACUUCCGUUUUAAAGCCAUCCGAGAUGUUGGCUGGCACCGUAUUGUGCGGCAAUGAAUUCGACAAAUUAAUUGCAUGCUGUGCAAAGAAGUGCUUCCUUUUGUCUGUCCUGAACUUCCCGUCAAUCAAUUUCAUCGGGUAACCACAAGUCGUAGCAUUAUGAGAGCAGGUGGGGGGGGGGCUGAGGACUUCCAUCUCUCUCUCUCUCUUUCUCUCUCUCCCUCUUUCUCCUUGCCUCCCUCCCUCCCCUCAUUUGCUCAAUACUGUGCAUAAUUUUUAUGCACUAUUUCUCCCGUUCCCCCCCUUUCACUGUCUUUCCCCUAAACUAAAAAGACCCAACCGUUAUAACUUUUCCUUCUCAGGGAAUUGCCCCAGCUCCCUCCCUGAUCAAAUUUGGUUGUCCUUUCCUUCACCUUUAUCCAGCUCUUCUUCUUUUUCUUCAUCAUCAUCAUCAUCAUCUUCCUCGGGAUGUUUCGACUUGGGACUUUGAGGUGAUGUUAAGGGCAGAAGCAUGAGUGAGGCAGGCUCAGUUUGACCCCAUCUGCUCAGAUGUCCCAAUUUGCACAACCCAUCAAGGAUCAAGGAAGGGUCAGCUGGCAAUGGGCUCCUGCUCAUUUCAACCGAACUUUCACCAGAGCACUUCUCAGUGAGUUGUGCUUUGUGUAAAUUAACACAGGCGUAUGUCGGCACACGUGCAGCACACAGCAGUGACCGGCAGGGUGUCAAGUGGGUGGGAGCCAGGAGCAGGCCAGUAAGAAGUCACACGCAGCGUCAGUGAAGUUAACUCUUUAUUCAAAGACACAAACAACUCUGGAGACCAGGCCUAGUCAGCACAGCAACUCACUUGUUGCUCUUGCCUCCCCAAAGCUCUUUGAGUCGCCUCCUCCCCCAGUUCCCAAACAAUCUGAGACUCCUUUGUCUUAUCUCUAUUUGCUCUGCCCUCUUCAUUCCUCUUUGGGUUCUGGGAAGACCAGGCGGAGGGGAGCUGGUCACAGCAGGAGGGGGAGACCCCCUGGCUUCUUCAGCAGCCGGCCAGAUCUCUGCCUCUUGCCCCCCUCCUCUCCAGCCUCUGCUCCUGCCUCUGAUUCUGAACUGCCCUCUGCCACAGCUCCUUCCUGCUCACAAAACCCUGUUACCUCUUCAACUUCUGACACCUCCUCCCAUUCUGCUCCCUCUGAACAUGGCCUUCUCGGUAGUGGUGCCCUCCCUGUGGAACACCCUCUCUUCAGAUGUCAAGGAAGUAAACAGCUAUCAGACUUUUAGAAGAUGUCUGAAGGCAGCCCUGUAUAAGGAAGUUUUUUAAUGUUUGAUGUUUUAGUAUGCUCUGACAUGUGCUGCAAGCCGCCCAGAGUGGCUGGGGAAGCCCAGCCAGAUGGGCUGGGUAUAAAUAUUGUUGUUGUUGUUGUCCCACCCCUACUCCCUGGGCUCUGAGCCUUCUUCCCUUGGGGGUUCCCCAGCUGGUUCCUCCCACCAUUCCUUUGCACCCAGCCAUGACAUGGGGUUCCUUUAUUCACGUGACCUCCCAGCAGCAGCCCUGCUGCAGUUUACCAAGAGGGAGAGGAACACGAUAGCAGCGAGGCCAGUAUGGUGCAAACACACGAUACUGGAACUUUGGGUUGGCUCCACCAAUGCAUUUGCACCAUGUCAGCCUCACCACCGCCUGCCCCCUCUCCCUCCCAGUAAGUCACAGUGACACCAGUGCUAGGAGGUCAGCUGAGCGUUGCUAUCCUACCAACAGCUACCAGCAGUAACCUUGGGUGGCAUGCUGCUCGGAGUUUCUGCGUCAGGCUGCAAAAUGUCACAGGGCAGCUCUGGAGAUGAAAAUUUCCACAGAAGCCCUAGGCGGGGGCAACGGCUUCCUGUUUUCUGACUUGUAUUUCAGUUUUGGUUCCUGUAACAAACGGCAAAGCGGCUCUCAGCACCAUCAGACAAGUAGGAGCAUCAACACACACACAGCCUACCCGUAGCUUUUUGAGGAGCGAAUUUCAUGGCGAUAUUUGGGGUUUUUUUGUUUUGUUAUUACACUGCUCAGAUGGUACAGCAUGGACAGUCCACUGUCCCUCAGACCUUGUGGGGGGCCAGACUAUAUUUUGGGGAAAAAAUAUGAACGAAUUCCUAUGCCCCACAAAUAACCCAGAGAUGCAUUUUAAAUAAAAUGACACAUUCUACUCAUGUAAAAACACGCUGAUUCCCGGACUGUCCGUGGGCCGGAUUGAGAAGGCAAUUGGGCCACAUCCGGCCCCCGAGCCUUAGUUUGCCUACCCAUGGGUUAGACUGAAAGGCAGCGAUCAGCCCAAGGUCACCCAGUGAGCUUCACAGCCAAGUGGGGAUUCAAACCCUUCUCUCCCAGGUUUCCUGGUCCAACAGGCUCCCCAGUUCACCACUGCUUGCUCUCUGUCUGGACACAGAACCAUGCCGGCCUUUCGUCUUCCUCAGUCGUGAAAGGAGUUAAAAAACACACACACAACACACCUUGGUUUCAGGAAGGUCAGCGGUCCAAAAGGGAGCUGGCAGCCCUCUAUCCAACCCUGCGGAAAGGGACAGCGUGCCUUUGGUGAUUGUGAACAGCACUGCGGUUAGGUAAUUUUAGACCCUGCACUCGAAUGCCCUCCCCGUCCCCUUUGAAGAUGCCCUACCUUACAGAGGACAGUCCUCUGUUUGAAGAGCUGCCCUGUCUAAGUCCGGCUGGAAGGACAAUGAGAACUGUCAGGGAUCUUGGAUUUCCCCAUCAACAGUUAGGAGCGCAGAAUGAGCAGGGAUGCAGGCCAUACUUGCCCUCUUCUCCACUGCGGUCAGAUGUAUCAUAUCUCAACUCUAGAAACGGUCCCCAAAUUUGCUACUAUAUAUAUAUAUAAAUUGGUGCAUUGAGUUCUUAUGCAAAACUUGCCUGUGUUUCAAGGGGGUGAUGUGUGAAUGGACCUCAUCUGUGCAUUAUUUCAUUGACUUCAACAUGUGCUCAGCUGCUCUACUGUGUGGUUGUUGCUGUUUGGGUUGGGGCUCCUGUUCGUUUUGCUUCAUGAGGCUCCAGUCUUCUCCCCCAAAAUCCUGCCCUGAUGGUGCCACAGAACGUGAAGGGGAGGGAAAAUAGAACAUGCUUUUUUUCUGAACACGCACAGCUUUGAGAGAGCUUUCAGAAAGACAAAGGGCAAGUUUUCUUUCUUUAAAUAAUCGUAUUUCUGAGUUAGUGUUGUGGAGAAAAGAUGCUGCUUUUUAGUUGCUAUGCGCAGACUUAGGUCAGAAUGACAUUUUUGUUGCAGAGCCCCCCUUGGGAGGGCAUCUGAAGGCUUGAAACAGCAGAUGUUUGCGGGGAUUAAUCCUUUUGCUGUUUCUGCUAGGCACCCGUCACCUCCUGCCACAUUGCUUUUGACCACUUGAUCAGUCAUCAACAAGGUGUGGAGGCACCACAGUUCAGGAGUAAUAAUAAUAAUAAUUAUUAUUUAUUUAUACCCUGCAAAUCUGGCUGGGUUUCCCCAGCCACUCUGAGCAGCUCCCAACAGAAUAUUAAAGACAUGAUAAAACAUCAAACAUUAAAAACUUCCCUAAACAGGGCUGCCUUCAGAUGUCUUCUAAAAGUCAGAGAGUUGUUUAUUUCCUUGACAUCUGGAGGGAGGGCGUUCCACAGGGUGGGCGUCGCUGCCGAGAAGGCCCUCUGCCUGGUUCCCUGCAACCUCACUUCUCACAGUGAGGGAACCUCCAGAAGGCCCUCGGAGCUGGACCUCCGUGUCUAGGUUGAAUGAUAGGAGUGGAGACACUCCUUCAGGUAUACUGGACCGAGGCCGUUUAGAGCUUUAAGGGUCAGCACCAACACUUUGAAUUGUGCUCAGAAACGUAUUGGAAGCCAAUGUAGGUCUUUGAGGACUGGUGUUCUAUGGUCUCGGCGGCCACUCACAGUCACCCGUCUCACUGCCGCAUUCUGGAUUAGUUGUAGUUUCCGGGUCACCUUCAAAGGUAGCCCCACGUAGAGCGCAUUGCAGUAAUCCAAGCGGGAGAUAACCAGAGCAUGCACCACUCUGGCGAUACAGUCUGCGGGCAAGUAGGGUCUCAGCCUGCGUACCAGAUGUCAUGUGUCGUGUGCGCUCUGUGGUAAUCUCUGGGUCACAGGAACCCAGGAUGUUGUGGCAGCAACUUGAAUAGAAUACUGGGGGGCUGUCCCCUGCUGCAAGUUCACCAGAAGGAUGGAGGGAGCGAGGGAGGCUGGAGCCAAGCGAGCACAGACGAGUGUGAGGCUGUUCUGCCUUCCUCCCUCGUCCAGGCUUCCAAGGCCCAGGCAGUCAGGCUCUGGGCAUGAGAGGCCUUGCUGUCUGGGCUGGGUCUGGCGCUGAGAGGCUGAGCCAGGGGGCUUGCAAGGGGACAAUGGCAGGAACAGCCCUCACUGCACCGUCAUCUCCCUGCCUAGAUGCCAGCAAGCGGCAGACAAGUCUCCUUUGUGGCGGGGGAAUCGCGGGGCAUUAGGUCCAUGCCAAGGCUGUCAGAGGAUAGGAAGGAGUUCGCCCCUGGAGAGAGGGGGACAAGUCGUCAACUGGUUGCCUUACUUGCGCUCACACACAGUGGUGGCGGCAGAGGAACCUGGGAUGGCUCAGCAGAGUCAAUUGGGGGAGCAAUUUUUUUGGGGGGGGGAUGCUGAAGGGGUCUGGGCCCCAUAGAGUGGGCCCCUAUGCCAGGAAGCUGCUUUCUACCAAGUCACAGACGAUUUGGUCCAUCUAGCUCAGCAUUGUUGAUCCUGGCUGGCAGAAAGUUUCCAGGUUUCCACGCAGGAGAGUCUUUUGCAGCCAGGCUUGGAGAUACUGGGGGUAUAACUGAGGACCUUUUACAAGCAAGGCAUAUGCUCUAGCAUCUGGUCAGCUCCCUUCCCUAGUAGCUUGUGGUGUCCUUGAAAUAAUCUUGUUGACUGAGAUCCAGGCAGCUACUUCAAGAAGAAGCUGGAGGGAGCCUUUCUUUUUAAAAUAACAGACUCCCACCAUAUCCUAGAUGCAGACUCACCUGAGUUUCAAAAGUAGUUUAGCUUGAGGAGGAAUGCACUGCUGUUUCACAAAUCCAGAACCUGGCCGGAAUGAUGAAACUGGUCAUUCAGUCCUUUGGAUAGUGACCUUUAUUUAUAAAUCUGCAGUCUGCUCAGUUAUUUGCCCAGUUCGGAUGAUUAUAUCUCGGCUUAAUAAGCCAAGAUGUAAACAACGAUUCUGGCUCCACAUGCCACCCCUUCCCUCCUCUCUUCUUGGUGUGCCUUGGUGCAGCCUUCAAUUAACCACAGUUUCCUGUUUCGUUUGAACUGGGAAACUGUGGUUAUCAGCCUCAAAACAAGCCAUGAUAAUAACACUAACACACACACACAAUUUGAAGAUCCUUUGAGAUUCUGGCUUCUUCCGAGGCUUAUAACCAUAGAGUCCUGGUCUGGGUGUAAAAUGAAACUAUGGUUACUUAAAGAGUUCUGGGUUUAUUUCUGGUGUAUUGAGAAAAGGGAGGAAGGAGCAGGUGCUACACGAAGCUAAUGUAAGCCAAGAUAGGAUCAUGUGAACCGGGUCAUGAUCUGUCUAGCAGCAAACACCUUGUGACCCUGUAAUAUGGAUUUCGUUCAGGUCACUGAAAUUUUGAUCAGCUCCACACACAGCAAACCAAAACUCUUCUUACAAAUGUAAACCUGGAGAAUGUCUUCAGCUGCCGAGAGAUUCCCAGGUAUGUUUGGCCCACCAAAUGGCAUCUUGUUGCAACUAAUUACCCAUUAAUCAGCUUCAUUGUCCCAUCCAUGAUGCUUAGGUGAAGAGAUUUCUCUGCCGUGCUUGACUGAAGCAUAGACUCAUCAGCAGAAUAGUGAAGGCCAGAUGCAGCAUUUGGAGAGCAGGGGAUACAGUUUGAAAACAUUUUGUGCAGUGCCAAGACCCCUUUUCUAUGCCAUUCCCCCUUGCAGUAAAACAAUGCACUGUACGUUAAUAAGGGGAGGAACAAACCGCAAUCAAAGGUACUUAUUGGCCAGCAUCUGUGACAUCACCAACCCCGUGGAGCAGUUUUACAGAGGUUGUUAACAUGCUCAUAAUACUGUGUGUGUGAAAAGGUGAAGAAUGAGUUUAUACAGAUACCUAUGCUACUUUACACUUUUUAAAUUUUGUUUUAAGCAGACUUGAAGCAUAGGGACAAGACCAAUAGCUGAACCAUUUCAGGUUGCUAGUAUAAUUGUGACCUUGCAACUGACCCUCUCUCCACCUUCUCCACCUUGCUUACUGCUCCUAUGUCCGUGGCAUUUGUUGUAGCUCAAGAUGGAUGAGGUGGGGGGUGCUCAGAUAGAGGGGCCCAUGGAGAUCAGGUGGGGAGUGGGGACAUGGUACAAUGGGGGGAUGGGGCUGUUGAGAGGUGGACAAAGCCGUUUCUCUUUUGCCUCCCAAAGCAGAGGGGGCAGCUGCUGUACGUGAAGAAGUGCCAUGAAGUUCAUUUUGUGCAAACCGGCGCAGAGGGAAAUGGCAACAAUAGGAAUUCUCAAGAGCGGGGAAGGCAGAUAAGAAGGGGUAACGGGCUGGAGGAGGAGAGGAAGAUCACUGUGAAAGGAGAACCUUGUUUUCUGUUUCCAAACUAUACAUUCUAUCUGUAACGAUGCUCCAUGGUUUUGCUGGACAUACAUAGAGAAGGUGGUGGUGUUGGGACACACAAACACCACGAAACGUGGUACUAGUCCUUUUGACUCUCUCCCUACUUUGUGCAUGAGGGUUCCAUUGUGAUUCAUACUUGCCUUAUAUUGAGCCACACCACAGGUUAGAAUUGUCUACUGCAAUGCGCUCUACGUGGGGCUACCUUUGAAGGUGACCUGGAAACUACAACUAAUCCAGAAUGCGGCAGCUAGACUGGUGACUGGGAGUGGCCACCGAGACCAUAUAACACUGGUCCUGAAAGACCUACAUUGGCUCCCAGUAGGUUUCCGAGCAUAAUUUAAAGUGUUGGUGCUGACCUUUAAAGCCCUAAACGGCCUCAGCCCAGUAUACCUGAAGGAGCGUCUCCACCCCCAUCGUUCAGCCCGGACACAGAGGUCCAGCUCUGAGGGCCUUCUGGCAGUUGCCUCCCUGCGAGAAGUGAGUUUGCAGGGAACCAGGCAGAGGGCCUUCUCGGUAGUGGCGCCUGCCCUGUGGAACUUCCUGCCACCAGAUGUCAAGGAAAUAAACAACUAUCUGACUUUUAAAAGACAUCUGAAGGCAGCCUUGUUUAGGGAAGUUUUUAAUGUUUGAUGUUUUAUCGUGUUUUUAAUAUUCUGCUGGAAGCCACCCAGAGUGCCAGAUGGGCAGGGUAUAAAUAAUAAAUUAUUAUUAUUAUUACUCAGAUUGGCAAUAGCUCUCCAGGGUUUCAGAUCAAGCUCUCUCCCUGCCAUACCUGGAGAUGCCAGGGCUUGAACCUGCGACCUUCUGUAUGCAAGGCAGUUGCUCUGCCACUGAGCUAUGGUGCUGCAGGGUGGGGGCUCAGGCCUCUAAAGAAAGAAGUCACGUCCUCUGCACACAGCUCACUUACUCCCAGGGUGCAGAGGUGGGCUGUGUGUGUGUGUGUGUGUGUGUGUGUGUGUGUGUGUGUGUGUGUUUUGAAAGCAAACUCUAUCUACGCCCAGAGGCAGUCUGUUGAUUGUGACCUCCCAUUUCAAAGCUCAGCCUUGGCAUUUAACAACAAGUUCUCCAUUUGGGUCAAGCGAUUGAUUUGUCAAAAAUGGGAGGUACCCGGAUCAGACUUGCCUGCGAAUCACAAACCCUCUGAUCUUAAAGCCCUCACCCCCCAAGUCCAUGGCAGGGGCGGACUUUGGUCUUUCAAAUUUCAAUGGUGCCCUGUGCGAGGACAAAAUUUGUCACCCGCCUCCUCUUGCCUUCUCUUCUGUGCAUGUUAUGGUUGUGACGCCCUGUGGUGCCCACUUUGUCUUGGCACCCAGUGCGAGGGAACCGGUCGCGCUGCCCUAAAUCUGUCUCUGUCCAUGCUGUUACAGCUUGUCUGUGGAUAUCUACGGGGCACUCCUCUCAUGCUCAGAAGCACACUCUCCUUGAUAGUUACCUCAGUUGUUCCUGGGACAACCCUAGCAUUCAAAGCAGACUUAAUAGUCCAUAAUAAGGCUACGUGCAACUUGAUGAGCUGUGAUAGUUAAGUGGAUUCCUGAUCAGAGCCACCAGAUACAAUUAUAAUUUUGUUAUUUAUAUGCUGCCUAUCUGACUGGAUUGCCUAGCCACUCUGGGCAGCUCCCAACAAAAUAUUAAAAACACAGUAAAACAUCAACUGUUAAAAACUUCCCUGAACAAGGCUGCCUUCAGAUGUCUUCUGAAAGUUAGGUAGUUGUUUAUCUGUUUGGCAUCUGAUGGGAGGGUGUUCCACAAGGCAGGUGCCACUACCGAGAAGGCCCUCUACCUGGUUCCCUGCAGCUUCAUGUCUCAAAGUAAGGGAAUUGCUAGAACAUGGGUAGGCAAACUAAAGCCCGGGGGCCAGAUCCGGCCCAAUUGCCUUCUAAAUCCAGCCCGCGGACGGUCCAGGAAUCAGCAUGUUUUUACAUGAGUAGAAUGUGUCCUUUUAUUUAAAGUGCAUCUCUGGGUUAUUUGUGGGGCAUAGGAAUUCAUUCUCCCCCCCCCCAUAUAGUCUGCCCCCCCCCAAGGUCUGAGGGACAGUGAACUGGCCCCCUGCUGAAAAUGUUUGCUGACCCCUGCACUAGAAGGUCCUCGGAGCUGGACCUCAGUGUCCAGGCUGGAUGGUAUAUUUUUGUUCUCCCCAUUUCCCAUGCAAAUAGGAUAUUCGGGGCAAUGCAACGGGGCCGCUUUUCCUGUGUAGGAGAUUAUGGCUGCUGUCUUUGCAAACCACGUCCAUGGGAAACGGCGAAAGGAUGCCUCUCUGGUGAUUCGAAUUGAAACUGACCGUGGCUUGUUUACAAGAGAUGGUGUGCAGGGCAGCAAGUGGGAGGCAGGGUCAGGGGAAUUAGCAGUAUUAUUGGAGCAUCUACGCAUGGACAGCUGGCUGAGAUCGAUACUCCCUCCUCCAUCCUUUUGUCUAGGUUAUGGCACAAGUAAAAUCCUGCCUCACUUUGCCCGCCCCCUCCUGUGCUGCUUCAUCAUUCGUGUACACAUGUCCGGUUCAGGCUCAGCUGCUUCAUUUAGGGAUAUUGUCUCUUCCCAAAGCAAAGCUGGUGUGCAAAAGGAGACCAGGAAUGGGGGUUCUGCUACUGCUGUUGGAGGAUGAAGGUCCUGAAAGGUCACCCACAUGGGAUAUAAAAUAACUUUUCAACUGUCAUAGUGCAAGGCCGGCAGUGUUGCUGGUGUGAGCUGUGAAUGGUGCACCUCCCUUUUCUAUUUUGUUUUCAGUAUCUCACUAACCCUUGAAAAGACACGCUACAUCUUGCAAGGCGAAGCAAUUUCCUCUGGUUCCUUGGCAGGCGCCAUUCAAGGCGCUCUGCCUCUUAAAGGUAAAGGGACCCCUGACCAUUAGGUCCAGUUGUGGACGAUUCUGGGGUUGCAGCGCUCAUCUCGCUUUAUUGGCCGAGGGAGCCGGCGUACAGCUUCCGGGUCAUGUGGCCAGCAUGACUAAGCCACUUCUGGCAAACCAGAGCAGUGCACGGAAACGCCGUUUACCUUCCCACCAGAGUGGUACCUAUUUAUCUACUUGCACUUUGAUGUGUUUUUGAACUGCUAGGCUGGCAGGAGCAGGGACCGAGCAACGGGAGCUCACCCAUCAUGGGGAUUUGAACCGCCGACCUUCUGAUCGGCAAGUCCUAGGCUCUGUGGUUUAACCCACAGCGCCACCCGCGUCCCAUUCCACCUCUUACGUUGCAGCAUAAGGGAUGCCACAGUCACAUGCAAAGUGCAUGCUUGGGGAUGAGGUUUGGGACGGUUGUGGGGAUCUGAGUUUGCACAGGUGCAGGGACUCUGGGGGAGAAGGUGAAGAGAGAAAUGUUGUUUUCUCCCUCGUAACACUUAGACAUCCAGUGAAGCACCAAACAUUUGAUGGCUGGAUCAUCAAAGUGUUGUUGUUUGCAGCGCAGGCGGGUCAUUGUGUUGGCCGAGAAGCAAAUGUUGAAAAAGCAGAGUAAGUUUCUAAGUAAGCAAGUAAGUAAGCAAGCAACUUCCGCCCUCACACCUGCCACUGCUUCCCAUUUUGUCUGAGUGCUGCGUUGCAAAAACACUUAUCAGCCACGAAAAUGCAAUGACUAAGGCUGUGCCAGAGCUUCCUGUAGCGUCUGAUUAUACCAAAGUUGAACAAAUGGUUGCUUCAGCAUCUGUGUAUAGGUGUGCUUUAUAUAUAUAUAUUCAUCUGCAUGCAAAGACAGGCUCAGGCAGAUUGAGCGGAAGAGACCAAUAGUGGGUCCAGCAGUCAAGAAGGCAUCUUCUUCACAAGUUGUAGGAGGAAGUGAGGGGCAGAUAGAGCUUAGGAGAAGGAAAAUUCUGAUCCUAAACCUCUGCUGUCUAGCUGAAUAUCUUCAGGAGAAGAAAAGGCUAAGACAUAAACCUAAAUAAUGCGUACAGAAAUGCAUCUACUAAGUAAAGCGUGCAUAGAAAUGAAUCUUCUAGUAAAAAUAACAAAGACACAUUGCAUAGUAGGGUAAACUGCUUGCAGAAAUGCAUAUAUUAGGCAAAUUUGUCUCUUAGGAGAAAUUUGCAAUAAAAUACUGACAUGUCUUCAUGAGUGCAGUAUUUUAGUGCAAAUUUCUGUUUUUUAACAGUUGCAAACUGAUGUCAGAAUGUGGAGAAGUAAAGGCAGGAAAAAGGAGAAAGUGAGAUGGAAGGAUCCACCUGUUCCUCGCAGAAGGUAGAUCUCCAGGUAGUUUGCAGUAGAUAAUAAUAAUAAAAGUAAUAAUAAUUUAUUAUUUAUACCCCGCCCAUCUGGCUGGGCUUCCCCAGCCACUCUGGGUGGCUUCCAACAAAAUAUUAAAAUACAGUAAUGCAUCAAACAUUAAAAGCUUCCCUAAACAGGGCUGCCAUCAGAUGUCUUCUAAAAGUCUGGUAGUUGUUGUUCUCUUUGACAUUCUGGUGGGAGGGCGUUCCACAGGGCAGGUGCCACUACUGAGAAGGCCCUCUGCCUGGUUCCUUGUAACAUCGCUUCUCGCAGGGAGGGAACCACCAGAAGGCCCUCAGCGCUGGACCUCAGUGUCCGGGUAGAACGAUGGGGGUGGAGACGCUCCUUCAGGUAUACUGGAAUGAGGGCGUUUAGGGCAUGGGUUUCUCCAGCUGUUUAACAAUAGCAACAACAAGCCAACUUCCCCACCUAAAUUAGGCUACUUGAAACGAAGAAAGCUUACUAAGAACAGACUUUCACGUAAAAGGGCGGAGAACUCUUUUUCAGAUCUGCAAACGGAUUACUCGGCUCAACAGGCACUCAGAGGUGCCCUGUUCUUUAAUUCCAUGCAUUUUGCACCCAGUUGCAGAGGCAUCACUAAUGAAUGGCAUUCAGGGAUGCUGACUUGAGCCUCAGGUUAUGGGUGUCCAAUGGUGCCCAUGAUGUAACGUGAUGUCAUGACAUCACGUUGUGUCGGUGGCACAGCGGCGCUUCUGAGGCCUCUUAGGGCCUACCUGGACACUGAGGUCCAGCGCCGAGGGCCUUCUGGCGGUUCCCUCACUACGAGAAGCCAAGUUACAGGGAACCAGGCAGAGGGCCUUCUCGGUAGUGGCACCCGCCCUGUGGAACGCCCUCCCACCAGAAUGUCAAAGAGAACAACAACUACCAGACCUUUGGAAGACAUCUGAAGGCAGCCCUGUUUAGGGAAGCUUUUAAUGUUUGAUGCAUUACUGUAUUUUAAUAUUUUGUUGGAAACCGCCCAGAGUGGCUGGGGAACCCCAGCCAGAUGGGCUGGGUAUAAAUAAAUUAUUAUUAUUAUUAUUAUUAUUAUUAUUAUUACAGUGGUACCUCUGGAUGCGAAUGGGAUCUGUUCCAGAGCCCCGUUCGCAUCCAGAAGUGAACGCUCUACGCAUCAGCACGUGCGCGGGUCGUGCUUUGCAGCUUCCAUGCAUGCGCGUGACGUCAUUUUGACCGUCUGCACAUGCGUGAGUGGCAAAACCCAGAAGUAACGCGCUCCGUUACUUCCAGGUCGCCGCAGCAUGCAACCCGAAAAUACUUAUCCCGAAGCUACUUCAACCCAAGGUAUAGCUGUAUUAUUAAGUCUGAGGCCUCAUGAGACCUCCUGCGCAACUUCCUGUUUCUACCGGAAAUCGCGUUUGGAGGACUGGCAGGGCCUCUGACGUCAUCUGGGAGGUCAGAGCCCUGACCCAACUUCCAGUAGAAAUCGGAAGUCACAUCAGAACCCCGCAUUGUGGGUGCUAAGCACCCACAAUUUGUGUGUAUGUAUGUGGGUGCCCCGGUUCUUGUUUUGCCACCUUAGUGCCGUUGGGUAGGAAUCCUGGUCUGGAUUCCUGAAGAUGUCCUGGCCUCCGUUAGCUCGCAGGCGUGACUUCCACCAUAUGUGUGCCUGCUGAGUCACGGCACUGCUUGGCAGGUUGGCACACUCCUUCCCAGGGCUUGGCAGCUUGUGAGUGGGCAGAGCUUUUUGGUACAGCUCGGCUCAGUUCUUCGCUGUUCCAGGGAAAGGCGAGAGGAGUCAUCUGUCAGGAUGGGGGUGGAGGACAAGAGAUGGAGCACGAGGCCAUUCCAGACUGACCAGGCGUCUUCCACCCCAAGGGGGUUUGGAGAGACAUCUGACUACUUUCGCUUCCACCUUUGACCACCUUUGAGAUGUCGAGAUUUUCCCUGAGGCCUGUCUAUUAUUAUUAUUAUUAUUAUUAUUAUUAUUAUUAUUAUUAGUCUUCCUUUAAUACUCACAAGUAUAUCUUUACAUCAUAACUUUACAUCUUGCAAUUAUGCAUAUUCUUAUUUUCAAAGUAGGUUCAUGAUUGCUGUUAUCAUAGAUCGGCAAACAUUGCUGUACACAAGGAAGAAGAAGAAAGGGGGAAAAGGAGGGGGAGGGGAAAAAGAAGGAUUUUUAGUAGUUUCUGUGGAUAACAAUUCUAAAAGGAAAAUUGAUAUAUAAGAAAACAUUAUAAAUAAAAAGACGAUGAAUAUAGGAGGUAAGUUUAUUGGUACAAAAUGGAAGAGACGGGAAGUCACUUGUUUAUGAAGAAUAUUAUCAGUUUAAAAUUACAUCUCCCCCCCCCCUUUUCCCUGAGGCCUGUCAUGGGCCAUGGCCACCACUUCGGAUGGCUUUAAAAGAGGAUCAGACAAAUUCACGGAGAAUUAGGCAGAAACAACAAUAACAACAACAGCAACAAUAAUUUUAUUAUUUAUAUCCCGCCCAUCUAGCUGGGUUUCCCCAGCCACUAAGGCUACUAAGGAUCUCAAAGGAUCUACGUUGGGUCCCAGUGCAUUUCCAAGCACAAUUCAAAGUGUUGUUGCUGACCUAAUUUGAAGCCCUAAGCAGCUUUGACCCUGCAUACCUGAAGGAGCAUCUCUAACCCCAUCAUUCAGCUCAGACGCUGAGAUCCAGACACAUUCAGCCUGGACACUUCUGGUGGUCCUCUCAUUGCAAGAAGCAAAGUUACAGGGAACCAGGCAGAGGGCCUUCUCGGUAGUGGCGCCCAUCCAGAUGUCAAGGAAAUAAACAACUAUCUGACUUUCAGAAGACAUCUGAAGGCAGCCCUGUAUAGGGAAGUUUUUAAUGUUUGAUGUCUUAUUGUGUUUUAAUUUGGUGGGAGCUGUCCAGAGUGGCUAGGGUAAUCCAGUUAGAUGAAUGACAUAUAAAUUAUUAUUAUUAUUAUUAUUAUUAUUACCAGAGUGGCUAUAUUCUGCCUCCACAGUUUGAGGCAGUAUGCCUCUGAAUGACAUUUGCUGGGAAUCCCCGCAGGGACUGUGCUGUUGCAUUCAGAUUCUGCUUGCAGGCUCCCCAUAGGCAACCAGGAGAACAGACUGUUGGACUAGAUGGGCCUUGGCCUGAUCCAGCACUCUCUUCUUACGUUCAUGUCUUUAGAUAGCCAGAGUUGAAUUGUCAGCCCAUCUGUUUUUAUACUUUUUGCCAUUGGCUCUGCAAGCUCCUUGCCCAAUUCUCUCUGUUCGUAGUACAGUCGUACCUCGGAAGUCGAAUGGAAUCCAUUCCGGAAGUCCGUUCGACUUCCAAAACGUUCGGAAACCAAGACGCAGCUUGCGAUUGGCUGCAGGAAGCUCCUGCAGACAAUUGGAAGGUGCGACGGACAUUUGGGUUCCAAAGAAUGUUCACAAAGCAGAACAGUCACUUCCAGGUUUGCAGCGUCCGGGAACCAAAAUGUUAAUCUCACAAGGCAUUUGACUUCCAAGGUACAACUGUACACCAUCAUGGGGAAUUUUAAAGGAUAAAAUGCAGAAGGGAGGGGCUGGUCUGUGACGGGUAAGAUUUUUUCUUUCAUUUAUUUUUAGUUAACAAGAUUUGUAUCCAAAACCUCUCAAGCAGGGCACGUGACAUUUUAAACAUCCAUUAAAACGUACCAAUAAAAUCGAAAGUUGCACAAGAUUUGAAAUGUGAAACCAGGAGUUUUAAAUAAAAUAGACACAAUAAAAUGACAUGUUAAAAUUAUGUAUUAACAUUAUACAGUGGUACCUCGGGUUACAGACGCUUCAGGUUACAGACACUUCAGGUUACAGACUCCGCUAACCCAGAAAUAGUAUCUUGGGUUAAGAACUUUGCUUCAGGAUGAGAACAGAAAUCGUGCGCUGGGAGCAGGAGGCCCCAUUAGCUAAAGUGGUACCUCGUGUUAAGAACCAUUUCAGGUUAAGAACGGACCUCCGGAAUGAAUUAAGUUCUUAACCCGAGGUACCACUGUAUUUCUGGGUAGCCUUGCCUAAACAAAGAAGUUUUUUUAGCAGGUGCUGAAAACCACACAACAAAGGACGCUGCCUAGUGUUAAUUUGCAGGGAGUGUGCCAGAGAGGGAAUGGGUGGGCGCAGCUUCUGAAUCUUUGAGUCUAUAAUCCCAAGCAGUCUGUUUCUGCAAGAUUCUCGGGCUUUGAGGUACCUCCUUGGCAAGGGAAGGUCCAUCAAUAUGGAGCAAGCCGUCUUUUCGCAGCAAGUGUGAAAAUCCACCCAUAUCAUGACUACGCAGAGCACAUAAAAGCCGAAAGCAGCUUUCUGCAGUGAUGUCCAAACUGCUUGGUCUGGUCUGGGUUCCUGCUAUGCCAGACACUUACUUCUCUGCUAUGUCUAGGGGGCUGAGCUAUGCAAUAAAUGUUAAGAACUCAGUAAUUGCCUUGCUGGAUUACCACCAGAUCCAUCUCGCUCAGCAUUCGGUUUCCAAUAGCAACCAGCCUCUGGGAAGCUUCCAAGCAAGGCGCAAAGGAGGUCGCCACCUUUGAGUUGCUGCUUCUGCCCGGCGCCUGGUCCUCGGAGGUAGAUUACCUCUAAAUACAGAGGGUCCAUUUGUCCAUUUGUCCAACACAAUAGCCAUUAGUGUGCUUCCUGAAUUGAACUGGUGCUGUGUGCGUUUAAGAGCUGCUUGUGUGAGCAGUCGAAUCCCCGCGACGGGGAUUGCUCUGUCCCAGCUCCUGCCAACCACCAGUUUGAAAGCACACCAGUGCACGUAGAUACAGUGGUACCUCGGGUUACAAACACUUUGGGUUACAAACACUUUGGGUUACAGACUCCACUAACCCGGACGUAGUACCUCAGGUUAAGGAUGAGAACAGAAAUUGCGCGGCAGCGGAGGAAGGCCCCAUUAGCUAAAGUGGUACCUCAGGUUAAGAAUGGUUUCAGGUUAAGAAUGGACCUCCGAAACGAAUUAAGUUCGCAGCCACUGUAAAUAGGUACCGCUGUGGCGGGAAGGUAAACGGCAUUUCCUUGCGCUCUGGUUUCCGUCACAGUGUCGCGUUGCGCCAGAAGCGGUUUAGCCAUGCUGGCCACAUGACCUGGAAAGCUGUCUGUGGACAAAUGCUGGCUCCCUCGGCCGGAAAGCGAGAUGAGCGCCGCAACCCCAUAGUCGCCUUUGACUGGACUUAACCGUCCAGGGGUCCUUGCCAUUUUUACCUUUGCAAGGAAGGACCGGACUCAGUAAAGCAGAUCAUAUUAUGCAGCAACAGAGCAGAGGUGAGUGUUUUAGCCAGGCUGGAAUAUGUCCCUGAACUCUGAGAAUGCUUCUUACUUGCCUGGAUGAAGGAUUGUGUGUUUGUCGGUGUGUGAAGAAAUCAGCCUAGGAUACAAAAGCAAAAUUCACAUGGCAUACCGGCUCCUGGGAGGCUGCCCAGAGGGGAAUGUGGCUCUCGGGCUCCUCCCACCCUGACACAGAACAAGGAAACAAGACACAGACAUGCCCCGUUCACAGAAGUGUUGGUACAGCAUCAUUUCUCUUUUCAUCCGUUGCACAACUUCAUACGAGAAGGCUGCGUAUAUAGGAGCCGACAAACGUGAACUUCAAGUGAGAGUGGAGAAUGCGCAGGUCAGCCCUAAAUAUAGCCAUGAGCCAUGGUGAUUUCCCACGAUGCCCUGCACAAUGCACAUAUAUAUACCAAUUCCUUUUUAUUGGUUUUACAAAUACAAAGCACAAAUAAACACAAGCUAGUAAAAACAUAUCUGUAUCAAGAGAUUCUCUGAAUCUCGAGACUUCCCCCCAUCCCUUCCUUGGAGUCUUAUUUUAAGCAUCUGCAACUGCAUAUUCAUGCAUACUCCAAUUCUUAUAUCAAACCAUAUUAUCCAUAGUAUUUUUUUCACUACUAGUGAGUCAAAAUCCUGCUCUUGUUUCCAUCUGCUUACAGUGGUCUCCUAGGUAACUUAUAAUUCCCCCCCAUUCUUUUAUAAAGUUUUUCUCCUCUUGGUUUCUGAAUUUUCCAGUCAGCUUUGCUAUCUCAGCAUAGUCCAUCAGCUUGGUUUGCCAUUGUCCUCUGGUAGAGACUUUGUCUUCUUUCCAGCUCGGGCUAGUAGCAUCCGGACGGCUGUUGUUCCACACAUAAAAAGUCUUUUCUGAUCCUUUGGGAUGUUGGUUCCUAAUAGAAAAGCUUCUGGUUUCUUCACAAAAGUUGGCGUAACAGAAAAUGGCUGCCACGAGGGCAUGGAAUAACGCAAGAUGCCACCUCUGAAAGAGCAGAAAAGAGACCUGCAUGCACACAGGGCCGGAUUUAGGUUUGAUGAGGUCCUAAGCUACUGAAGGUAACGGAGCCCUUAUAUGUCCAGCUGUCCUUUGUCAACAACAAAUGGUCGCUGUUUUUUGUUGUUGAAUAUAUGCUAUAUGGCAAUGUAUGGACCUAAUAGGUAUCUAAAGCCAUUUGCAUAUAACAAAAUAUGUAUUUUUUCAAAGUAAUUGUUGAACUGAAAUACAAUUAAGAAGAAGUACAGUAUAUUAAUAGUGAAAUUGGUUUUGGAACAGACUUCUGGAAUGGAUUAAGUUUGAGAACCAAGGUACCACUGUACAGUAUAUAGAAAUGAGCAAACCAGUGAUAUUUUAGGGAGCAGGCUAGCAGGUGGGGCCCAUGUCUUACAUCAUAGAAGCCAACAAAACACUGUUGCUGUAUGUAGGUUUUAUUUGAUUUGAUUUUUAUCUUACAUUUUGGAAAUGUACAUCCAGUUUUGUUUCCCUUUAAUUUUUGGCAGGGCCUCCAAGAGAGUGGGGCCCUAAACUGUAGCUUGUUUAGCUUAUAUGUAAAUCUGGCACUACAUGUACCCCUCCUCAUACAUUAGCCGUACAUGUUGUGUUUGGAACAGAUGAGAGGGUGGGCAGCAAAUCCUGGCAACCGGUGAAGGCUGGGUAUGUUUAAGAGGAUGUGUUCAGUGUAGGAGAGGCCAAGUCAGUGCUAACACGAACUGAACAGCAAGAGCCAACAAUCUCUCAUGCGUUGUGGAUUUUUGAGGAGAUAUUUACUGAAACUUGUUGUGGGCGCAGCAGGAUGUAUUGGUGGGUGCCAUAUUGUUAAUCACUUGAGCAGAGAAGGUGGUGUUGCAUCAGGAAUCCCCUCAGACUGUGUAAAGAGAUGGCUCACAUAAGUGAGCCUAGCUAUGUAUAAUUAGAGAAUGAAAUGAUGAAAUAAAAGUGACUAUUACCCAUUCUGACGAGAGAGGGAUUUCCUUCCAGACCACAUAUGUAUAGGCAAGAGUGCCCUUGACAUGGGAGUGGAGAGGAAAAUGACAGUCUAGAAGGAUGAAAAAGGAAAAGGAAAAAUCCAUAGUUUCCUAAGGAAAAAUAGGAUUUUUCUUCUUAUUAUUGAUAUUUCAUUAGAAGAAUUUCAUUUAUGAAAAGGUAGAGUGAGAAAAAAAGAAAGGAAAGAGUGAGAGUGGAAAAAGAAAAAUACUGUUGUGCAAGAAUAUACAGAUGUGCAUAUUCUUAUUAGCCAAAUACACACGUAAUUGUCAAUAAACUAAUAUAUUCUGUGUAACUUCAUUCCAGAUAUCAUUGUAUUUAUCCAAGCUGUCCUUUCAUAUGCUGCCAAAGUUAUCGUAUUGUCAAACCAUUGAUUAAGGGGAACCGUAUCUUUAUUCUUCCAAUUCAUCAGUGUUGGUCCCUUGGCCACCAUUAGGGUGCAUAGAAUCCAUUUUCGCUGUCCUGUUGUCAAUUUCUGUACAAUGGGUACAGUUCAAAAACAGGACAACUAGGGGGGAAUCCCAUGAAUGCGCCUAAACCACUUGCGCUCCCUCUCCCAGCUGCGUUUUAAUCUCCUGACAGGUCUAUUUUGAGUAAUAAUUUUCUGAGCCCAACGGAUCUGCUGAGGGUUUUACUAAACCCUGAGAGGCAGGGGGGACGGGGCUAAUCAGGACUCAUAUUAAUUCCAAACUUCCAUUCUCUUCCCACACAUGAGCUCAGAAAGCGUGUUUUCUCCUCCUAUUUUAUUUUCCGUGUUCCUUUGCAUCCAUAGAUGGGACUGAGCGUGGUGGAGACCCCCCACUCCCUGUCCUUGACUAGGCAUCGCAGGUGGUGGGUGCAAAGGCAAGGCAGGGGCAGGCCGAACGGCUACCCUGGCAGCUUAAUUGAUGCCACCGUGGGUUUUGGGAGCGGGGUGUUUUCGUGCUUUCUGUCUCUGGCUGUGACAGCCUUUGCGGCUUUGAUUACAGGAUAGAGCGAGCCUGAGAGGAUUGGAGGCGGAAGAGGAUGGAAGUUGCAAAGGGGCGGGGAUGAAUCUCCUAAGCGGGGAAGCGUACGUACAGGGAUUGCAGCUAAAUCGGGAUCUGCGGAGGGCUCAAAGUGUGUGUUUGGCGGGGCGGGACGGAUACGUGAACUUUCCGAAGUCAAGGGGAAAGAGUGAGAAAGCUAAAGGGAAAGAAUUCGUCCUUUGAUCUGUGAAAAGAAGGCAGGAAAGGGUGAACAAAUGUAGGAGAGGUUUUGGGCCGGCCCUGCCAUUAGGCAGAGUGAAGCUGCCGCCUCAGGUGGUGCAUUCUUGGGGGUUGGGGAGUGGCAAUAAGGCGUUGGAGGAAAGAGCUAUGUUGUGCCAGUCGGCUUGCCCUUCAUCUCCUAAGCUAGUGGAGGAUGCUGUCUUGUCACCUGUGUUGAAGUAACGUUCAAGUCAAUUAAGGUUGCCCUAUGAAUCAACUCAGGUUCUGUAUGUGGAUCAGGGAAAACUUGGUCUUGUGCUUUGCCCUAGAUAGCAAAAUGCCUUGGAAUGGCCCCAAGAGAGAGCAUUUAAGGAAGAAAGGGGAAUGAGGACUAUUCAAGUAACAGCAAAAGAUUGAGGUCCUGGUUCCCACUCCUAUCCCUCCACAUGCUCAUUUAACUCCUUCUUGCAAUGCCUGGAGAUGUCAGAAGGUUUGCUUGUUUGUUCGGCCAGUUGGGAACAGUGGUACCUUGGGUUAAGUACUUAAUUUGUUCCAGAGGUCCGUUCUUAACCUGAAACUAUUCUUAACCUGAAGCACCAGUUUAGCUAAUGGGGCCUCCUGCUGCCACUGCGCCGCCGGAGCACGAUUUCUGUUUUCAUCCUGAAGCAAAGUUCUUAACCCGAGGUACUAUUUCUGGGUUAGCGGACUCUGUAACCUGAAGUGUAUGUAACCUGAAGUGUAUGUAACCCGAGGUACCACUGUACAUUUGAAAUUUUGAGGCAGUUCCGUGGGCACCAUUCGCAAAAUGGCUGACGUAGGGGAUGCGGCAUAACAUAAAAUGGCUGCCUCAUGUAAAAGAGCAGAAAAAGAGACAGGAAGACAAAAUAUUGUUGUUGUAAUUUAUUAAGUCUGUAUACUGCCCUAUACCCGCAAGUCUCAGGGCGGUUCACAGGAUACAAUUACGAUGUAAAAACACAAAAUGCAUAAUCAAAAUAGAAAUAACCAAAUAACGCUCCCUCCCACACAGGCACUUUAAAAGGGCAUUGGACGGUACUGUUGCAGCUCUCAGUAGAAAACAGGCACCGGCAUGCUCUUUGUGUCUCUCUGUUCAGAACAGAAGGUCAAGUGGACAUGUUGAGUGAGGCAUGUUAAAUAUAGGAGAUGCCGACCGGAAAGAGCAAGCCGUCUCAUGCAUGGUGUGUGAAGUGCGAAGUGUAGGUGGGUUUCCUCGAGUCAAGACACAGUGAUAACAUCAAGAACUUCUAUCGAACUAUCAGAACUGAACAACAGGGGCAAAGCAACAGCUUAUAUACAUUUCUGAAGGCCUGGGCCACUCCCACUCCCAACGUGAUUGGCUGUCUAAACUUCCAAGCUGUGAAUCAUGACUCAGAGUUUAAGGGCCAAUGGCAGAGGCCCAAAUCCUGAAAUGUUCUGUGAUUGGAUAUCAUGUAUCGAAUCAGAACACAGGGGCUCAGAAUCCUGAGUCCAGACUCAAGCUCAGGCACAGACCCCACUGAAUGCAUAACAGGGGAUUUCCGAGAGGAUAUUUUCAGAGAACUUUCAUGAGCUGCAGUAGAGGUACUGAAAGGCACAUUGGUGCCCGCAGGCACUGGGUUGGCGACCUGUGGCUUACACAGAAUGGUCUAAAUACAGUACCAGGUGGGUUAUUCAUUCACUCUGUGUUUCUAAAUUGUGCAGUGAAACAGCAAACCUGGGCCAUGGAAACAAGUCUCGGUUGUAAUCAUGUAGAGGGGUUGAUUGGGGUGACCUCCCUGCAUCUGUGCUCAGGUGUCAACUGUCUGCGAUGUUGGCAACUCACAUCAAGGCAAGCACAGAGCUGCUGGGGAAGUGAUGCCAUCAGUUAAUUUCGUGUUGUAAUUACAGAUGGAUGCGAGGGGGCAAAACAAGCGAAGAGAUAUCACUUAUUCAUGAUUACAUGGGGCUUUUCGGUAACUAAAGUUUUGCCUGUUCAGAGGGCAAAGGAGCCCUGCAACAGACAAACAAAAACAAACAAACUCAUGAGUGAAACCAUGGCUCCAUAAUCCCUGGAUUCCCUUUUGGCAAGCCUCUUGCCUUCUACAAUGAGAGAAAUGAGGCAAAAUGGUGUAAACGCGAAUUCUGCUCAUUCAUUCGGCAAGAAACUAGCCUGCCCCAGCCUUUCAAUGUUUUAAACCAAUGAAUGAAGUAAUUUAGGGAAGUGGAUCUAGCCAAUAAAACAAAGAGAAGGCAACUAGAAUGAUGCUCCUGUCAUCUGGAGAAGAAACUUCUUGGGUCAUUUUUAAGCCUUUAAUUUUCGUCCUUGGUAGAGAAGUGAUUGCUGCACCAUAUAAAACAAUUCAGAUGUCCAAAGUUUUAGUAAGUUUGUGUGUCUACCUAAAAACAAAUGUAGCAGCAAAGAGAGGAGUUCACCAUUUUUCUACCUCAGCUCAAAUUCUAACACUUUGAAUUGUGCUUGGAAACGUACUGGGAACCGACGUAGGUCUUUCAGGACCAGUGUUAUAUGGUCCCACUCAGUCACCAGUCUGGCAGUUGCAUUCUGGAUUAGUUGUAGUUUUUUAGUCACCUUCAAAGGUAGCCCCUCGUGGAGUGCAUUGCAGCAGUCAAAGCAUUGCAAACUGAAUUCACCUUGCGUUCAAACAACUAGUCACUUUACCAAAUCAAUGUACCAUGUCAAACCGAAUUAACGCCACUUAUCCGGUAUUGCUCAAAUUAAGGACAAGUUACAAAUUUUAUUUAAGCAUAUACCAGCACUUUUGGUAUGGCAGACCCAGAAGUCAGCUUGCAAUAAAAGCAAAUUUCAAUUCUAGAACGAUAGAAGUGGGGAGUUUGAAAGGUUAAAUACUGAACAGAUUCAUUACAAAUUCAUCCCAGGGAUAAGGACUGUUUCGUGUGAAUAUGAGAGGAUAUAUAAAUAUGGAUUCUGACUUAGGAGGUAAGAAGUGAGAGCCAGUUUGGCCUUGUGAGAUGGCGGAACAAGGAAUCAAGCCCUGUUUGUCGAAGGCUAUGGGCGUAGGAUUUUGAACACUCCUUGCUUUAGCUGUCACUAAGGUCUCCCUCCAAAUCCCAUCCAAAGUACACCAAAAUCACCUCCCUUCUCCAUUGUUCAGUGUCUCGAAUUUUCCUUCCUGUGAUCUCUUCCUGAAUUCCUAAGUUGUGUUUUCCAUGCUGUACACGGAGAAAGAGACUUCCCUGUCACAGCACAGAACUUGACAAAGGGAAGUGCUUUUCUUAACGGACAAUGUAUGUGUGUGUGUGUACAUAAGAAGAGAGAAUUGAAUAUAAGAAGAGUGUUGCUGGAUUAGGCCAGUGUCCCAUCUAGUUCAGGGACACGGCUGGCACUAUGGUCUAAACCACUGAGCCUCUUGAGCUUGCUGAUCGGAAGGUUGGCGGUUCGAAUCCCGGUGACAGAGUGAGCUCCCAUUGCUCUGUCCCAGCUGCUGCCAACCUAGCAGUUCAAAAGCACACCAGUGCAAGUAGAUAAAUAGGUACCACUGCGGCAGGAAGGUAAGCAGCAUUUCCGUGCGCUCUGGCUUCCAUUACGGUGUUCCAUUGUGCCAUUGUGUUCAUAUCUUUUCUCUCUCUGUCCAGGUUUUUAGCACCUAUUCCAACGAGGAAUAUGACCGGCGGAAUGAAGAUGUCGAUCCCAUGGCUGCCUCGGCAGAGUAUGAACUCGAGAAGCGGGUGGAGAGGCUAGACCUCUUUCCCGUGGAACUAGAUAAAGGUAAUGGAGAAAUCUGGUACAGAUGUGAGGUAAAAAUGGUUUUUCUGGAGUAGAGAAGGUGGGAGCCUAUUUGUUGAUUCAGCCAGCUGGGGAAUGUGUUGGAAAGUAAGGUGUUUCUUUACAUUCACACACACAUCACCCAGGAAGGUCUUUGUCAGAGAUUUUCAGCUGAGGAAUGGCCUGGCCACUGAAUUGCAAUGCAUCCAAUAGUUCAUUUCUUUCCAUUUGGGCCUGAAUAGCGACAAUGGUUUCCUAGCCCCACUGCAAGUGCUAAUGUUCAGAUGAUUUUGUUGUCACCCGCCGCUGCCGCUGUGAAGUGUCACGGCCAUGUUCAUUCCACAUACAUUUAAGCUCUGAUUUACUCAGGGAUGCUGAGAUUACUGUGUUAUCGCCAGCUACUGCUGCUGAGAAGGGUAAUUUUGCAUACAUUUACAUUCUAAUUAAAUUGUCCCAGACGGUAUUUUGCAUUCCGUUGUCAUUAACAUCAGCCUUUACAUUCCCUCCCCUUCUUUAUUUAUUUAUUUGUUUGUCUAAGGAUUUACAAACUGUCUCCCCCAAAAAGUGAUUUCGAAGCAGUGUGUGUGUGACGGAAAUAUUUAAAAAGCAACAAAAUAGGUAGCAAAAAUGUGCAUAACCAUCUGAAAAGCAGAUCUUAAAAACCCAGGUGUUGUGUGGUAUACAAUGUAAAAUGGCUGAGUCACUCUUCAGGGAAAGCCAUUGUUUAAAAAGAAGAAGAAGAAGAGUUUGGACUUGAUAUCCCGCCUUUCACUCCCCUUAAGGAGUCUCAAAGCGGCUAACAAUCUCCUUUCCCGUCCUCCCCCACAACAAACACUCUAUGAGGUGAGUGGGCCUGAGAGACUUCAGAGAAGUGUGACUGGCCCAAGGUCACCCAGCAGCUGCAUGUGGAGGAGUGGAGACGCGAACCCGGUUCCCCAGAUUACGAAUCUACUGCUCUUAACAACUACACCACGCACCACGCUGGAGAGAGAGAGAGAGAGAACUUAUUUGAUAGCUGCCUAAGAGUAAAAAUGAAAGGAGAUCAAGAGCUGAUUCCACAGAGCUGGAGCCGCAAAACUAAAAUCCUAGUAUCUAGUUGAUGUCAAGCAUAUCUAAGCGUAUGGGACUCUAAACCAUGUCCCAUCGGAGGAACACAAUUGGCUCCAAGUUGUAUAGCUCUCAGAAUGCUAAAAGAAAAACCUUGAACCGAGCCCAGUGGCAUAAAGGGCAGCCUAGUGGCAGCUUGUGAACUACAGUGGUACCUUGGUUCUUAAACUUAAUCCGUUCCGGAAGUCUGUUCCAAAACCAAAGCAUUCCAAAACCAAGGAGCGCUUUCCCAUAGAAAGCAAUGCAGAAUGGAUUAAUCUGUUCCAGACUUUUAAAAACAACCCCUAGAACAGCAAUAUAACAUGAAUUUUGCUAUCUAACGAGACCAUGGAUCCAUAAAAUGAAAGCAAUAAGCAAUGUACUACAGUCACACAGUCAAUCAAUCAGUAGCUGAACUGGGUUCCACACAAAACAAAAAGAGAGCAACAAAAAUGCAAAAUAAAUAGCAAAAACAGACAGACCUCAGCGUCACACUCAAAAUGGAAAUGUGGCACUCAAAAUGGAAGCAUAACACUCAAAACAGAGCACGUUCAGCAUCCAAAAAAGUUUGCAAACCGGAACACUUACUUCUGGGUUUGCAGUGUUUGGGUUCCGAGUUGUUUGAGAACCAAGGCAUUUGAGAACUAAGGUACCACUGCAAUGGAGUUGUGAAGUUAUCUGUUCUUGAGGUAACUAACACCUUGACCAUAUUGGCCAAACUGUUCCUCUGCAGGAAUGACCACAGCUGUGUUAGCAGCAAAGCUUUACCACUUGUAUGGGGGUGUGUGUGUGUGCAUGUAUGUGUUUGUGUUUGUUCAUAAAACCUGGCUACCUGUUACACCCACCUUGUCCUAUCCUUUUGGGGUUUUUUUCUUACCUUAACAGCUAAUUUUUCAUAGAAACUGGGAUGUGGUUGAAGCAAGGAAAGUAAACAACUCGGGAAAUAAACAACAAAUAAGGGAAAGGCCUUUAAUGCAAUGUUUCCUCCACCCUACCACCAAGAAUGUUAAUCCUUAGGACCUGAAGCACUGAUACAUCAACCAUCCCUAAUUUGCAUGUCCUGGUUUUCUUGGUGUGGUGUAGUGGUUAAGAGUGGUAGACUCAUAAUCUGGUGAACUGGGUUCGCUUCCCUGCUCCUCCACAUGCAGCUGCUGGGUGACCUUGGGCCAGUCACACUUCUCUGAAGUCUCUCAGCCUCACUAACCUCACAGAGUGUUUGUUGUGGAGGAGAAAGGGAAAGGAGAAUGUUAGCCGCUUUGAGACUCUUUCGGGUAGUGAAAAAGCGGGAUAUCAAAUCCAAACUCCUCCCCCUCCUCCUCCUCCUCCUCCUUCUUGCCUGUGGUCCGGUCCGUGUUCAGGGUGCACCGCAAGGCAAGCAGAGAAGUUUCCACCCGUUUUCCCUGCUAUUAGUUUACAUCUACAAUGUGGAAAGCAUUGUGAUUGUCUGACUUAGUAGUUCAAAGGAGUUUUUUGUUGACUUAUCCUUGUGCUUAUCUGUUGUAUUUGUUGCAGUAUGCUGUCCAGGGCUGUAACUUGCCCUGUGACCUAAUUCUGGUGACUCCCCUGGAACCUCGUGUUCUUAAGAAAAUCACCUUUUGCUUUCCCUCAUGCAGAUUCUGAGGGGCUCGGAAUCAGCAUCAUCGGGAUGGGAGCCGGUGCUGAUAUGGGCCUAGAAAAACUUGGCAUCUUUGUCAAGACGGUGACAGAAGGAGGAGCAGCUCACCGAGAUGGCAGGUCAGUCUGGUUGGCAUUGAACCCACUGCCAACGCCCUAACUUUGACUCACAGAAGGGGGUACUGGGAGCAGGGGAAAGAAAAACCCUGCCAGCUGUGAUGUGACGUGUUUCUCUGCGCUUAUCAAGCUACCAUAAGCAAGCAUUCCAUGCCCCUGGGUUAGCACUUCCCAAACUUGGGUCUCCAGCUGUUGCUGGACUACAACUCCCAUCAUUCCUAGCUAGCAGGACCAGUGGGAUGGGAAUUGUAGUCAGGGCUGGAUUUAGGUUUGAUGAGGCCCUAAGCUACUGAAGGUAAUGGUGCCCUUUAUAUGUCCAGCUGUCCUUUGUCAACAACAAAUUGUCACUCUUUUUUGUGUUGAAUAUACCGUAUUUUUCGCUCUAUAAGAAACACCUAGUUUUUAGAGGAGGAAAACAAGAAAAAAAAUAUUCUGAACAAAACAGUGGAUGCAUGAUUUUUGUGGGUCAUGCUGUGGCCACAGACAUGAUAUGUGAUUUGACAGUGAGUUUGGGGUAGCCCAAUGCAAAAAUCCUGAGGAUCCAUGUGGAUCUGUGUUUUGUAACCAUGUUUUUGUGCCAUUGCGGCCCCACAGUGGAUGUGUGGCUUUUUGGGUGUAUGCUGUAGCCAUGGACAUGCUAUGUGACCUGAUGGUGAAUUUGGGGUGACCCAGUGCAAAAAUCCUGAGGAUCCAUGGGCUUUUACCUCCCCACUCACUCCCAGGCAGCCUCCUUUAUCGCUAGCAUCCCUUAUCUCCCUCCCAAUCGCUUGCCAGUCAGCUGCUCAGCGGCUUUGUUUCGACACCCCCUUCCCUCUUUAAAAAAAAAAAGUGCACAAUCUGCUUUUUGCCCCAGGCAAUUCGGCUCCAGGGACCACGCAUUCGCUCCAUAAGACGCACAGACAUUUCCCCUUACUUUUUAGGAGGAAGAAAGUGCGUCUUGUGGAGCGAAAAAUACGGUAUGCUAUAUGGUAAUUUAUGGACCUAAUAGGUAUCUAAAGCCAUUUGCACAUAACAAAAUCUGUAUUUUAUCAAAGUAAUUGUUGAACUGAAAUACAAUUAAGAAGUAUAUUAAUAGUGAAAUACAAUUCUUUUCCUUUCGGUUUUUUUGGGGCCCGCAAGAAAGUGGGGCCCUAAGCUAUAGCUUGUUUCGCUUAUAUGUAAAUCCAGCACUGAUUGUAGUCCCAAAACAGCUGGAGACCCAAGUUUGGGAAACCCAGCUCUGGGUGACGGGAUACUUGCAAGCAAUCAUACGUACCCCGCCUUUACCCCAGACAGGGACUCAAGGCGGCUGACAGGUAAGAACAACUAAAAACAGAGAAAACAAAGAUAUUGGGAAAGAAAUGGAGAACACAGGUGGAUGAUGAGUGCUUAUCUGUUUUUGGAAGUGAAACACGGGAGGAGAGGGAGCAUUCAGAUUACAGUGGUACCUCGGGUUAAGUACUUAAUUCGUUCCGGAGGUCCGUACUUAACCUGAAACCCUCCUUAACCUGAAGCACCACUUUAGCUAAUGGGGCCUCCUGCUGCUGCCGCGCCGCUUGAGCACGAUUUCUGUUCUCAUCCUGAAGCAAAGUUCUUAACCUGAAGCACUAUUUCUGGGUUAGCGGAGUCUGUAACCUGAAGCGUAUGUAACCUGAAGUGUAUGUAGCCUGAGGUACCACUGUAUAUUCAAUGUUCAAACAUGUUAUACUCACUGCACGAGAGCAGACAAUUCUGCUGAAAAUACAGUGGUGCCCCGCAAGACGAAUGCCUCGCAAGACGGAAAACCCGCUAGACGAAAGGGUUUUCCGUUUUUGAGUUGCUUCGCAGGACGAAUUUCCCUAUGGGCUUGCUUCGCAAGACGAAAAUGUCUUGCGAGUCUUGAGAUUUUUUUUUCGCUUUCCCCCCCCCCCCUUUAUCUAAUCCACUAAGCCUUUAAUAGCCUUUAAUAGCCUUUUAGCAGCUAAUCCGCUAAGCCUUUAAGCCUUUAAUAGCCGCUAAACCGCUAAUAGCGCUAAUCCGUUAAGCCGCUAAUAGGGUUGCUUCGCAAGACGAAAAAACCGCUAGACGAAGACUCUCGCGGAACGGAUUAAUUUCAUCUUGCGAGGCACCACUGUAAUGAAGUACUUUCCCCCUUCCUCUUCAACAGGCAGGGGAAACUGCAGGGGAUAAACGUCACGCAUACACAGAGUAAAAAAGGAGUUUCUUGCUGCCUUUCUCCAUCUGUUCUUUAUCCCUCUGCUCAGAAAAUUCCUAACUUUCCCUAGGAACUGGGAACAGACGCAGCAGGGACAACAAUCUGCUAAGGAGAGAUAAAGAACAGAGAGGAAAGGCCUCCAGAGGCCACACACACAUUGUACAUACGAAGCACCUUUAAAGCACAUUGUCGUCGUCCCCCAAGAAUCCUGGGAACUGUAGUUUGGCCCUUCGCCGAACUACAAUUCCCAGCUCUCCCAUUCCUAGGAUUCUUUGGGGAAAGCAGCAUGCUUUAAAUGUACAGUGUUUUGAUAUGACAUGAGUCUCUUCCUUCACCAUCUUGUGUGUGUGUGUGUGUGUGUAUAUAUGCCUGUGGUUUUUCUGUUCCCUCCAACUUUCUUGGCUUGUUCAUGGGAGAGCAAACAGAAUUCUCAGCAGGCAAAAAACUUUCGCAUGGCGGGGAUGCUCUCAUGCAGCGAGUGUCAGUUUGCGGCCAGGCUCUCAGAGUCUUUCUGCGUGAUCCUAAGGACCGAGUUGAAGGGCAGUUUACUGAGUUACUGACUUGAUUCCCUUAUAAAUGUGUUGAGGGCUGCAUGUUUGUUUCAAUAAGAAAUAAAUAAAGAGAUGGAAUGUUUUUGUGGAAGGCAGGGUUAUUUAACCAACUGCUUUCCUGGUUUCAUAAUAUACCCGAACAUAUCAUAAAACAAUGAUAUGGCGAAGCAACAAUUCUCGUACUGUUCUGCAAUGAAGAGCCAACCUUUUUCCCCCCAGCAAAUUUUUAAGAUGGCAGAAAGCAUGCUCUGUUGCAGCAGCACCUUAUCCAUUGUUGACAGUUUUCUGGAAGGUUAACCCUUCACCUGCCAAUUGUUUUUCUCUUAAACUGCACCCCUGCCUCCAUUUUUAAUUUCCCCCCUCCAAAAGUGCUUUGGAAAGAAGAAUGGAUUUGGGUGGCUUUGUUAUACGUGACCACAACGUAGCAGAGAUUCUUGAUCUCAAUACGGUAGGUCACAAUUAGGGGAACUUAUUGAAAUAACAGUUGGAACAUGUCCUAUGAUUUAUAAUUUUGUUUCCCCUGAAAACAUUUUCAUAUUAGAGGAAGUCAAACUGUACACACCUUACUGUGCUAUUUUUAAUUGCUGGGCUUACACCUGCCAUUGCAGGAUUCACUCUCUGCCCAAAAUAGUUUGAGGUGAAAUCACAGCUGGAAGAUCUGUAGUAUGAAGAGAGCAAUUAAAACCUUGAAGACUAUGGCCUUGUACAAGGAAUAAAAAAUUCCACGGGUUGACAGCAAUGAGAUAAUGAGUUGUGGCAUUUGUGAUGUGUUUUGUGUUUGAGUAAUCACAAGGUGUGGGAUUUGCUAUUAUAGAAAGGUAAUUACAUGGAUAUUUAUUUAUUUUCAUUUUAUACAUUCAUUUCACACAAUUUAUGCACUGCUUGAUUGUAAAGAACCUCAAAGCGGUUAACAAUAAAAUCAAGAAAAAAAUCACGACUGUACUUUUAAAACAUACAAAAGUUAAAAUAUUAAAACAGAUUAAAAUCACCUCAGCUGUGAAAUAAACAAGGAGCGUUGUAAAUUAUUGCUGCCUUUCUAGAUCAGCCCAACACUUCCAAAGGGAGCCUGUCAGAUGCUCCAGGUCUCUGUCAAACAAUGUCAUCCAGUUUCCACUGUUUAUACCAAUCAGCUGUUAAUCAGAGGCAUAACACCAUUACUGAAAUCAAGGGGUCCAUUUUCCUGUCAUAUCUGUUGAUUUCGCCACUGGAACGCGUCUAGUCGUUAGUCAUUGCGCACCUUGUAGCAGAGAGGUCCGCAGGCUUAGCUGUGUGAAGAACUUCUUCCUGUUCUGAACUCGGGACCCACUGCCAAGGGAUGGGAUUGGGUGACCCUGAGUUCUAGAACUGCACAAGAAUCAUUUUGGAAACUUCCUUCAUGCCUUUCGCCCUCCCCUUCCCCCCCAACUUGGCUUGUUUUCAUAGAUAAGCUAAAAAAAAAUACCCUCAGGGAUCACGAGAACGAGGAAUUGUGAUGAAGGGGCAAAGGGCAAUCAGAGGUGCAAAAGGGGCAGAGAUGAGCAGCGCCUUCUAUCAGUGGCAUACUGCAUUUCUGUGCAAGGCUCAGAGGAAGGACUUCUCUCCUCUGACAGCCUGAUAGGGACAGGGCCAUAGCUGUCAACCAUCCCUUAUUUGGCGGGAAACUCCCUUAUCCCAGAGCCGGGUCCCGCUGCUGUCCCGGAUUGAUGAUGUCCCUUAAAUUUCCCGGGUUUCAUGCUCGCCCGGCUCGGGAGGCAAGCAGCGGCUCGGGGUCCUCCGCUGCGAGAGAGAGAACGUGCACGAGCGGCCGCAUCUCCGUCUCUCCCUUUUCCCCCUCAGGGGCGCAUCGUGAAGAGACGGGUGGUGGCGGGCGGGCAGGCAGCCCCUCUCUUGCGAGACUUCCGCCACACUGCCAGGCGAAGCCGGAGGCGGCUGAGGAGGUGGCCUGAGGGAGGAGGAAGAGGAGGGGAUGGGGAGGGACGCAGAAGGGCGACGCUUCAGCGGCCACCGCGGCACCGCAACCGCCUCAUGCCGGGCUCACGGGUGAGAGUCUCUCUUCCUCCCUCCCUCUCUCUCGGGCGGUGAAGGGCCAAUGGAAUAAUAAUAAUAAUAAUAAUAAUAAUAAUAAUAAUAAUUUAUUAUUUGUACGAUGGAACUCCUCAUGCCAGGACGACGGCAGCCCCGACAAGCACAAGCUAAGCAAAAUCCCUUAUUUUGGCUGCCAAUCCCUUAUGUUCAAGGCUGCUGGUCCCUUAUUUUCAAAUCUGUAAGCUGACAGCUAUGGACAGGGCACUUCAUCUAUUCUCCUCCACCAGCCUCCUCACUUGCCUGCAUGUGAUUUCUUGUCACCUGCGGCUAUUGGCUUAAACACAAGGCUGAAUAAGCAGAAUUCAAAACAAAGCAGACCCUGUCAGGUCCCAGUACAGUCAAAAAGCAGAUGGAGCACUCUGGCGUGUCUUUCUGCGGUGCUACAGUAUAUGAUAAAUAAAUGAUUCCCUCCUCCUGCAAAACGUUUCAAUCGUUUGCUCUCAGAUUCUUUUAAGCGGUAGUUAGGCCUUUCCAUUGGCGAAUCGAUCCUCUGGAUCUCUCUCAAUUCUAUCCUGCUGUUGCACCCGUGUCCUGGCUUGCAGGCUUCUCCACGGACAUCUGGUUGGCCACUCUGAGAACAGGAUGCUGGACUUUGGUUUGGCCCAGCGGGGCUCUUCUUCUUGUGUCCUUGGCCCGGCAGGUGCAAUCAGCGUGGGGAACUCGAACUCGCAGCCGAGCCGGCAGGCUUGAAAUACCAUCCGCACCGGCAGCGAUUUCAGACCUGCUUCCUGCAGGGAUUCGCUGCACGAUCAAGUUUGCAAUGGAGAACUUGGUUGCGCAGUCAAUCCUGACAUUACAUAUGACACAUCUAGAUCUCAGGGUCAUGAGUUCGAGCCCCAUGUUGGGCAAAAGAUUCCUGCAUUGAAAGGGGUUGGACUAGAUGACCGUUGUGGUCCCAGCUCUGCAGUGCUAUGUUUACAGUGGUACCUCAGGUUACAGACGCUUCAGGUUACAGACGCUUCAGGUUACAGACUCCACUAACCCAGAAAUAGUACCUCGGGUUAAGAACUUUGCUUCAGGAUGAGGACAGAAAUCGUGCAGCGGCAGCAGGAGGCCCCAUUAGCUAAAGUGGUACUUCAGGUUAAGAACGGUUUCAGGUUAAUAACGGACCCCCAGAACGAAUUAAGUUCUUAACCCGAGGUACCACUGUAUAUGGGUCAGGCGGGCAUGGUUUGGGGGAAACAGCUUCGCGGGCCAAAUUUGGGCUGGACGUUCUCCAAUCCUGCUAUAUGCUGUUAACCUAAUUGGAAUGGGCUUUUAGGGGCUAAGGUCAAAAUGCUUCAGGGCUGGCAUGCUUUUCAUUGAUUGCUCGCUCCAAGUAUUUAAGCAGUAUUUUAGCGUUUUUAACGUGCCGUUCCCCAUCAUGAAGUUUUGGGAAGGGGCAGAAGCUGAAAUAAAUAUAUACGACACAGAAUGUUACAAUAAUAGAUCCUUAACCAGCCCUUACCCAUCCCAGGCCACCAAUUUAAAUCAAGAAGCAACCACUGUCUCUUUGCUGGAACUGAACGCCUUAAUGCUCCCUGUGUGUUUCCUCACAGAAUUGAAAUGUGGGGGGGGGGGGGGAGAUGAAGGGGUGGCGGUGGGGGAGAGGAGAAGCAACUCUGGUGGGAAAUGCCAGCAGGGCUGCUGCUCGCUGUCAUAGCAACAAACAUGGCUGCCUGCCCAGUUCCAGGGGCACCAGUGAAAUAUAAACAGGGGGUAUUCAUGGGAGAACGCUUGGUAAGAUUACAGAAACCGCUCACCAAGUUGCAUCUGGCAAAGGAUCUUUCGCAUGCUCGAGAUGUUCUUGUUUUUGCUUUUUUUUUACCUCUGGUCAAACAAUGUGUGGACACCACCUAAUCUCUUUUAAAACUGACCUGCCUGGGUUUUCUUUUCCACCUGCUCAUCUGCUUUUUCUUUUUGCUUCUCUGUUUAAUCUUGGAAAAAGUAGUGUUUCUGUUUUCCCGUGGAAAGGCCUAUGCCUCUAACAAGAGUGGCCCGGUGGUGGCAAUUCUGCCUUCGCAUUGUGAACUGUAGUGGCAUGAAUGCAAAGAGCGAUAGAAAUGUCCUUAUCAGUGCCUUAAAGUCACAGAGAGAGAGAGCUGUGUAUGGGGAUUGGGGUGUGGGUGUGUGUUAUAGUGAAAAAAAAUGUUCGUUUUGAACAGAGGAGAGCAAAUAUUACCUUGGGCAAGUCAUGUCGCUAUGUUGCAUUCUAACUUACUGGCAACUAAGUAAGAGAGUAUGAAGUCCUUCAUAUACGGGAAAGUGUUAAAGAACUGACUGAUAAAAAAACAGCCCCAGUAUUGCAGAUUGAUUAAAAAAAACCCCAUGUCUUCCAUUUUCUCCACAAAUGAGAACAUGGCCAACUUCCAUGAUGCUCGCUGGGUUUUAAAAAUACAGUGGUACCUUGGUUUUCGAACCAUCUCCAUUGAGAAACUUUUCGGUUUUCGAAUGCCGAAAACACAAAAGUAAAUGCUUCCGUUUUCGAACGCACCUUCUGCUGCAUGUUUUUCAGUUUUCUCAAUUGAAUUUGCAGACAGCCAACUUUGUGCCUCGGUUUUUGAAUGUUUCGGAACUCGGAAUGGUCUUCCAGAACGGAUUACAGUGGUACCUCGGGUUACAGACACUUCAGGUUACAGACUCCACUAACCCAGAAAUAGUACCUCAGGUUAAGAACUUUGCUUCAGGAUGAGAACAGAAAUUGUGCUCCGGCGGCGUGGCAGCAGCAGGAGGCCCCAUUAGCUAAAGUGGUACCUCAGGUUAAGAACAGUUUCAGGUUAAGAACGGACCUCCAGAACAAAUUAAGUUCGUAACCAGAGGUACCACUGUACGUUUGAAAACCUAGGUGCCGCUGUAUAUGCAAGUUUGGCACAGAUGUGCUUUCCGAUAGUUAAAGAAUGCCUAAGGCCUUUCCUUUGGCUUUGCACACUUAUAUAUUGCAACUGAAUGGUCAGUCCCCUUCUAACUUUCUCCAUCCUUUUUCUCCCUCAGGAUCCAGGUAAACGACCUUAUCGUCGAGGUGGAUGGCACCAGUCUGGUGGGUGUGACCCAAAGCUUUGCUGCCUCCGUGCUGAGGAAUACCAAGGGUAGAGUCCGGUAGGGGAACGGUGUGCACCCCAGUUUUGUGAUGGGACCAGAAUUUGUUUUGUUUGUCUGUCUGGGGAAAAAACCAAAACCAGAUAUAGAGAAGAGCGGAAGUAUUGCCUCAGAGAGAGCUCUCUGAUGCAUCAUGGGAAAAUGUUCUCGGAGCAGUCAUUUUGUUUGCCGUGAAAUGGUUGUGGGUGUAAGAUGGCAGCUGGAAGGUUUUCCUAGCAGCCGUGGUACUGCUGCUUCUGCUUAUUUAUGUAGAGUUGGGCAGAUAUAGAACUGUGUUGCCUUGGUGAGUUCAUUACAUCAAGGGGCUACCUUCUUAAUGGUCCUCUGCAGAUAUUUCUUGCUCCCAAUUGAAGUUAGAAUGCUCUGUGUGUGAAGCAACACCAACGGAAAUGCAUAGGAAUGGAUUUAAAAACCAUAUAAAGCAGGCAGGGUUAGAAGCUCCCUUUCAUUGCAGUGCUUUCAGCUAAUUAUGCCAAAGCGUAUAAAAGAACCUAGGCGAUGAUGACAUUUUUUCCCCCCUGGCAGAGUUCACAUCUUUUCUUUUUCUUCUUUCCUCUGGAGGGGCUACCGAGUUUCUAAAUGCCUUCUGCCAGACACAAGGGCAACAGAUGGAGGCUUUUCCUGUUAAAUUGCUACCUGUCACUUGGUUGCUGUUGUUCUCGUUGUUGUUUUCAAGGCGCUAAAAUGUAGCUUGAAGGCUCCCUUUUUGUUGUGGCGUUUUGAAAGCAGAGAACAAGCUGCACAGGGUUAAAAACAGAGGAAGAGGCAGGGGCAGCUGUGUCUGUUAAGUUUGGGAUACACAGAAGUUCAACUGGUUUGGCUUUUCCCCAUCGUGGCUAUAUGGUGGGAGACAGCCAGCACCUUUGGAAUUUCUGCUUAUUAUGCUGUCUUUUAAAGGUAUAUUUCUUUUAAAUGAAUAUUUCAAAGCAUAUUCUCAGCGGGUACUUGUACCUAUAUGUAAAAGCCUACUUCAAUUCUGACAGGGGGCAGGUUUCAAAUCUGCAUCUCAGCCUCUUAAAGUCCUGGUUCAACACUCCUCAUUUCAUUUCCUGGUCAAGUGGACUCUCCUCACUUUUGCUGUUCCUUCCAGGUCUGAGUGCCUAAUUCGUAUCUCCUUUUUCCUGCCUCUCUGGCAAAUCUCCCUCAACCUCAACAGAAAGUUAAAUGUUGCCUGACGUUCUGCCAAUUUGAUAGCAUUACUUGAAGAGCCAGAGGGGAACCAAGGCUCUGAAACACUUAUUCUUUAUAAACUCUUGUAUGUUAAGAGGACACGUACUGGCUAAAUUCACACAUCACAGUGAGUAAGGAUUUCAGACCCGCCAUGUGUCCCUAUUUUCCAGGGACAGUCUCAGAUCUACAGAAGCCACCACAGUUUCUGAUCUAAUCCCAGAAUGUCCCGCUUUUCCUUAGGACGUCCCUAUUUUCAUCAGAGAAAUGUUGAAGGAGACAUCUCUAUUUUCAUCAGAGAAAUGUUGGAGGGUAUGGAAUAGGAAGUGCCUAUUUUCACUGGGAAAAUGUUGGAGGGUGUGGGAUUUCUGACUUCACUGAAAAAGCACGCUGGCCAUUGGCUUCAAAUUCACUUCUCCCUUCAUGCAAACAGGGUUAGUGCGAACCCACAAUCCUAGUUUGUUACCCGCCCCCCCCAACAAGCCAAUAUUGUGAAACAGGGUUUUAAAAUUAGCCUGCAAAGUCUGGCUGGUUUGGGACCAACAGAUAGGGACCCUGCAUUCAUACAUCACGCAAAGCUGGCCCCUUUGGGUUCAUCGCAUGAACUAACAUGCUGCUCUUUUGCAGUAAACCACGACAUGCAAACCCAUGAUAUGAAAAUGGCAGGUUUUUUUACUUCUCUACUGCCCCUCAGAAUUGAUGCUUUUGAAUUAUGGUGUUGGAGGAGACUCUUGAGAGUCCCAUGGACUGCAAGAAGAUCAAACCUAUCCAUUCUUCAGGAAAUCAGCCCGGAGUGCUCACUGGAAGGACAUAUCGUGAAGCUGAGGCUCCAAUACUUUGGCCACCUCAUGAGAAGAGAAGACUCCCUGGAAAAGACCCUGAUGUUGGGAAAGAUUGAGGGCACAAGGAGAAGGGAACGACAGAGGACGAGAUGGUUGGACAGUGUUCUCGAAGCUACCAGCAUGAGUUUGACCAAACUGUGGGAGGCAGUGGAAGACAGGAGUGCCUGGCGUGCUCUGGUCCAUAGGGUCAUGAAGAGUCGGACAUGACUAAACGACUAAACAACAACAACUGCCCCUCACGCUCACCACCAACUCGGCGUUCCUUUUCACCUUCGAAAUCCCCGAAUCCUAACCCUGCCAUCAAGCGAGGAAAAGGGGAGGGAGAGAAAAUAAAGCGAGAUUAGCACUGCGUUAGCACAGCAAUGAAAGCCACCCACUAAACCUCCUUGCUUGGCCUGUUUUUCAUCCCACCCAGUUAUUCGUAUAUCUCUCUUUCCACUGCUCUGGCCCAGCAGUGCCCAGAGAACUGCAACUAGAAGGGCGUCUGCGAACAGGCCUUUGGCAUCCUAGGAAAUGGGCAGCGGCUGGCAGCAUUGCCCAGUCAGCAUUUGGUUCCAUUUUAAACUGGGGAGCAGUGCCCAUUGCUCCCCAGAAUGUGCCCCGAUGCACCAUGGGAAACUGUCCAAUGUCAUGCCCGUUUUAUUAUUUCCUACGAAACGAAACAAGGGUUCGGUUCAAUGGAAAUGUGUAUAUGUGCGCGUGAGGGAGACCGUAGGGCUGUGGGCUGUUGAAUUAUCCUGUCAGCUGUGGUUCUUCUGUUUUUGUCCUUUUAUCUAUACGACUGCCUCUGUGGCCCCCCUUUUUCUCUCUCUUUUAAAUCUCACCAGAGGCAUUUGGCCUGACUUUUCCUGGCAGCAUUAAGAAUGAGAGGUUUGGCCCCAUCCCAGGAUCCUUGCGUCGGUGGUUUUUGAAAGAAUGGAAAUCAAGCCAGAAAACCUCUCUCACACUCGCUCUGUCACACACACACACACACGGGGGGGGGGGGGCACAUAUGGGCCCUCCCUGGUUCCUUCAACAAAAAGGGCGGUGCAGUUUUUUGGGAGGGUUACACCUAGAACCUAACCCAUUCCUCUGAGUUUUGAGUGCUGAUCGGUUCCCAAGCGACGGGAACCUCAACUACGAGAAUGUGUUGCUAGGCAACUAGUUUCCUCCAUACUCCACAGGCACCAUUCUGCCUUCCCAGAUAGAAAGGCCCUGUUAACCAGUUAAAGGAUUUGGUAAUCUGUUUAACUGGUGCUCCGGCCCAUAUAUUUUUUAUCACUGCUAAAAAAAACCACAUACGCACACCCCUUGACACUGUGCCGCGUGAACUCAGGUUGCACAAACACAAGACCCAUGCCUAAAUGUCACUUUCGGGAAACAAGAGUUAGCAAACCUUCCAGAAAAUAAGACCUUCUAUGGAUGUUGAAUAGAAUUUCCUUUCCCCCCCGGGGAUGCGAGUUGUGUCAGGAAGUCACUUCCUCUCAUCUAGAAGCCCUAGUCCUGAUCCCAUUUGGGAGCAGGCAACUGGAUGUAGUAAGGGACGUGGGUGGCGCUGUGGGUUAAACCACAGAGCCUAGAACUUGCUGAUCAGAAGGUUGGCGGUUCAAAUCCCCGUGACGGGGUGAGCUCCCGUUGCUCGGUCCCUGCUCCUGCCAACCUAGCAGUUCGAAGGCACGUCAAAGUGCAAGUAGAUAAAUAGGUACUGCUCUGGCGGGAAGGUAAACGGCAUUUCUGUGCGUUGCUCUGGUUCGCCAGAAGCGGCUUAGUCAUGCUGGCAACAUGACCCGGAAGCUGUACGCCGGCUCCCUCGGCCAAUAAAGCGAGAUGAGCGCUGCAACCCAACCCCAGAGUCGGUCACGACGACCUAAUGGUCAGGGGUCCCUUUACCUUUACCUUUAACUGGAUGUAGUAGCUGCCCACUUGGGAAAGAAACUCACGCUGCACAUGCUCAGGGGCACUUGUCAUUAUACUUUCCCCAUCGCAACCAGCUUCUGAGCCUUGCCGUUGAGCAUUGCUUUCAGACACGGGCUGUGGCAGGCCUCAGGCUAAGACCGGGCUCCUGAAAUCUGUAUGGCUUUCUGGUUCUGUAUCCAUGGGACAUAUACCCACGGCCUCCUUGGUUAGUUGAUUGCAACAACUCUCUUUUCCUGCCCCCCGCCUAAGAACAAUGGGUAGCAACUUGUCAAAUAUUGGGGACCCAAUAGAUACAACAAAAAAGAUUUGUUUAUAUACUGCUCUUAAUUUUAAAAAAACCCCAAAGCAGAAGAUCUGUCUAGAGCAGCCUUUCUCAACCUGUGGGUACCCAGAUGUUGUUGAACUACAACUCCCAUCACCCCUAGCUAGCAAGGCCAGAGUUCAGGGAUGAUGGGAGUUAUAGUCCAACAACAUCUGGGGACCCACAGGUUGAGAACUGCUGGUCUAGAGCAUGGGUAGGCAAACUAAGGCCCGGGGGCCAGAUCAGGCCCAAUCACCUUCUAUAUCUGGCCCGCAGACGGACCGGGAAUCAGUGUGUUUUAUACAUGAGUAGAAUGUGUCCUUUUAUUUAAAAUGCAUCUCUGGGUUAUUUAUGGGGCCUGCCUGGUGUUUUUACAUGAGUAGAAUGUGCGCUUUUAUUUAAAAUGCAUCUCUGGGUUAUUUGUGGGGUAUAGGAAUUUGUUCAUUUUUUUAUAUAGUCUGGCCCACCACAUGGUCUGAGGGACGGUGGACCGACCCCCUGCUGAAAAAGUUUGCUGACGCCUCGUCUAGAGGACUGUGGCAGUGGGACUCCCAAUUGUUAGUGAAUCAGUGGAUCUGGUUGGAGGGGUUUUUAACCCUUUGACAUGAUUUCCUCAACCACAAUCCCACACACCCAAAGGUGCCAUAAGUACUGCUGUGGGAGAAAGACAGGCACAAUACAAUAUCUAUAUUCCCCCCUACCCCCCAUUGGAACUUAGGUGGUGGGAGAGUUAGAUGAGGGGAAACGAGGAACAGUUUAACCUCCCCUCCCUCAUCAGCAACACUCUCCCAAUCAAAAUCAGCGAGCUCUGGCAACUGUUUUUAAGUUUAAAAACGCCAAAAUAUCUAAUCACAGAUUCCCCCACAGUGCAGCUAUUAUAGCAUAGCUGUCAACUUUUCCCUUUUCUUGCGAGGAAUCCUAUUCGGAAUAAGGGAAUUUCCCUUUAAAAAAGGGAAACAUUGUCAGCUAUGUAUUAUAGCCCUCAAAAAUGGUGGCGGAGUAGGGCUUCCGCUCAGUGGGAUGAGGGGACUUCAGUCCUCGGCGUACUUCCUUGUCCUCCUUGCUUGACCGAAGAAGAAUUGAUUGUACAAAAUAAGCAAAUCCGUUCCAAUUGUAUCACGGCUCAGAAACUGAUUGUGCUGGGAUCUUUUUGAGCCCAGUGCAUAUAUGUGUAUAUAUAUAGCCUGGCCGCAUAACUCCUGGUGUGUUGACCCACUUCUUUGAGAUCCGUACUCUUAUCCCCCUCUCUCCCACCUCUUUCAUUUUCCUUAGGUUCCUGAUUGGGAGAGAGAAGCCGGGUGAGCAAAGCGAGGUGGCUCAACUCAUCCAACAGACGCUGGAGCAGGAACGAUGGCAGCGGGAAAUGAUGGAGCAGAGGUAUACCCAGUACACGGAGGAGGACGAAGAAGUAAGUGGGACGGGUUUCUCUCAGCCUGUUGGGGAGAGGAGGAAAAGGACACGGCGCCCCGAUUCCCCUCCUCGUUCCUCUUGUCAGCGCUCUGAACAUAAAGGCGAGCCAGAGGAAGUUGUGGUUCCCUUGCUGACUCUUUGUGAUGGCUACGUUUUUGGCUGAAACCGAGGCCUACUCCGGACAAAUUCUUUUCAUUGUGCAUUCACAGCAAUUUAUUGUGCUGUUAUUGGGGCGGCCCUGCACAGUCCCGCUUUCAAUACUGCUCUGUGUCUGGCAAAGGUUUUGGCACAGUCAUGAAGCUUCCUUUACGAUUGGCGCAUUUCCUGUCACUUUUCAUACCACAGGUGUUCUGAGGGGGCUUUUUCGUCUGGUCCCGGCUUCUGCCGCUCUGUAGCCUCUUCAAACAGCAGCAAUGUGGCUGCACUGGGGGAGCAACUAAAAAAGCAGGGUGGUGCGUGAAUGGUCCAUCAUAAAUCUGCCAUUAAUGCACUAUUAUUGUGUCAAUGACAUGUUGCAAAACGAGAAAUAAAAAGCCACAAAAUGCCAGUCAAGAGGGGCCCUGAAUAAAGAAACAGAACAAAUCGAUAGCAUCAAGCCUUGCCUACCUUUUCGCACACAAUUGGAGCCCUUCUUAAGUUUCUAGUUCGUCUUUAAAGCUGUCUGCUGUCUCCUCCUUCAUCUCCCCUUCCAUGCCUCCUCCGUGCCUCUCCCUUCCCAUCCCUCUGCCCUGUUGCUCCUUGUGCCCGGAAGAGCAGCCUUCCAUCCCUGUCCUAUUCUUCCAGCCACUUCCCUCUUUCCCACCCUCUCUCUGUCUCUCCCCCUCCCUAAUUUUUUUGUAAGCUGACUACCAAAAGUCCCCUUUGUCCCUUCUUCCACUCAUAUUCCCAGGCCUCUUGUCAUGCUUGCUACCCAUGUCCGAACCCAGUCUUUGGAAGAAAAAAUAAUAAUUCAGAUUCCUGUGUGCCAUCCUUAAAUGGGUAAGCAUUGGUUUCUUUUAAAGUGGUAGCUGAGAAUUACGCUUGUCUCCAGCAGAGGCCAAUGUACUAGCUGAAUGGGUGCUAGAGGGUUCGCAACCAUCUCUGCCAGUUAGGGCUGUCUGAAGCAUAUGUGGCGCCGGGGUGCAAAGGUCCACCUGAUACGCACCUCCAGUUUGCCCAGUCCCAGGUGCACAGGAGGGUUGGCCAACUGCCUCAACAUCUCACUGGCUCGGUUGCCCCCAAAUUCGCGGUGCAGAGCCGCCCGCAGCAGAAGAGCCUGCCGCGGUGCUCUGACCGAUGGGUGGGCUCUUCCCCGGUCUCAACUCUUGGGUCCCGGACUCUUGGCCUGGCGCCCCUGAGAGCCCGGCGCCCGGGUUCCCCGCACCCCUAGCACCUAUGGGUAAGACGGCCCUGCUGCCAGUCAUCGCAAAAUUCUGUACCACAUUACAGUUCAGAUUGUUUGCUGUAAGGCCUAGGUCAGCAUGAGGUUAACUGUCUCGGGGUAAGAAACCAAAGUGCAUUCUGCUUUUGACAAUACCUGCUAACAGGCAGAUCAUUGGCUAUUAACCAUGAGAGCUAAGAAUGGAACCUCCAUUCCCAACAGCAGGAUACCUGCUAGGUACAAACAAUAUAGAGAAUGGCUUUCUCCACUGAACCAGCCUGUUGGAAGUUUCAUGGAGGGCCCUGGCUUGCCACAGUUGGAGACAGGGGAACAAUCAGCCUGCUUUCUUGUAUCAAGACAUUGAAUACCAAAGGAGUACAAUAUUUGUGCUGGAGAUCAUAGAAGGGCCAUUGGUGUCUUCUCCUCUGGCUACUCCUAACGUUUUAAGCCUGCUGCGUUUAUGUGUAUGGUUUCAGACAUUCAAUGCUGGGAGAGAGGAAGUACAAGCAAGCUCCACUUGCUGUUUUUACAUGGUAACAUUUGAAAAGAGAGUGGCUUUGGGGAGAUGUGCAAGUCCCCUGGUGUGGAAUUAGUUUGUACAUUUCCUCCACUCAUCCCUUUUCGGUAUUACUCGAGCCAUGUGAAAACUGAAAGCAUGACUCACUUUUACAUCUCUUUCUCUUUGUUAAGUUUCCAGAUGCGUAGCUGGGUAAAGUCUGUUUUGCAGCAAUAACAGCAAAGAGUAUUGGUGGUGCCUUAAAGACUCAACUAUUGUAUUAUGGCACAAGUUUUCAUAGACUGUACAGUCAUACCUCGGGUUGAAUAUGCUUCAUGUUGAGCGUGUUCGAGUUGCGCUCCGCGGCAACCUGGAAGUAACGGAGCGCGUUACUUCCGGGUUUCGCCGCUCGCGCAUGCAUAGACGCUCAAAAUGACGUCAAACGCAUGCGCAGAAGUGGCAAAAAGCGACACGCACGUGCACAGACGUGCCAUCACUAGUUAUGUUUGCUUGUGGAUGCGAACCGGGCUCCGGAACGGAUCCCGUUCAUAUCCAGAAGUACCACUGUAGUCCAGUCAAAGAAGAAUACAGUGGUACCUCAGGUUAAGUACUUAACUUGUUCCGGAGGUCCGUUCUUAACCUGAAACUGUUCUUAACCUGAAGCACCACUUUAGCUAAUGGGGCCUCCUGCUGCUGCCGCACCGCCAGAGCCCGAUUUCUGUUCUUAUCCUGAAGCAAAGUUCUUAACCUGAAGCACUAUUUCUGGGUUAGUGGAGUGUGUAACCUGAAGCGUAUGUAACCUGAAGCGUAUGUAACCCGAGGUACCACUGUAAUCACAAAUCUGGCAUCAGAAGUGGCAAGGCUUGACGGCAUUGCUGAUGUGGGAUUUAUGACCAACAACAAAGCGAAUACAAAAGCUUAUGCCAUAAUGAGUACCUUGGUUUUUAAGGUUCCACAAGACCUUUUGUUGUUUCCCCCUCUUCCUGGGUCUCAGGGCGCUAUCUGAACAUACACUUGGUUCUGUCCAGUAUUGAUGUUACCGUAACUUUAAAAGCCAAACCAUAAAGCUUGCCUGUUUUGCAAUUUGCAGACGGGUGAAUACGCCACAGACGAAGAUGAAGAGAUGAGUCCCAUGUUCCCCAGCAGCGAGAUGGCCAUUGAGGUCUUUGAGCUGGCUGAAAAUGAAGACAUGCUGUCUCCAGUUGAGAUGGACCCUGAAAAGCUUGUGCAUAAAUUUAAGGAGGUAAGGAAAGGCCUAAAAAGCAAGGAUAAGGAACCCGUAAGCUUUUCAAUGUUGUUGGGCUCCAGGCUCCCAUCAGUCUCAGCCAGCAGGACUGUGAUGAUGGGGAGUGAAGUCCAACAAACUCUAGAAGGCCACAUAUUCCUCACUUGGGGACCUAAAAGGGAUACAGUGGCUUCCGUGGCUGAUGGAAGUGUCACAUGACUAAUGAAAACAUCCGUGGAACCUUUCCUUGUUUCUAAGCACACCACAGAAAUGACCCCAGCUACCUGCAGCUUAAGGGACGCUGGUGGCGCUGUGGAUUAAACCACAGAGCCUAGGACUUGCCGAUCAGAAGGUCGGCGGUUCGAAUCCCCAUGAUGGGUGAGCUCCCGUUGUUCAGUCCCUGCUCCUGCCAACCUAGCAGUUCGAAAGCACGUCAAAGUGCAAGUAGAUAAAUAGGUACCGCUCCGGCGGGAAGGUAAAUGGCGUUUCCGUGCACUGCUGUGGUUCACCAGAAGUGGCUUAGUCAUGCUGGCCACAUGACCCGGAAGCUGUACGCCGGCUCCCUCGGCCAAUAAAGCAAGAUGAGCGCCGCAACCCCAGAGUCAGCCACGACUGGACCUAAUGGUCAGGGUUCCCUUUACCUUUACCUUUACCUGCAGCUUAGGGAACUGAAAACCUUUGUUCUUUGACUCAAACAAACAGGGAACGGUGCUGUUUGCUGAGUUGCGGAGGUGGCUGCAGAAGCACCUGAGCACAUGGGUUGUGCAUAUGCGCACUUCACUUCUCAGAAGGGAGUGGUGGUGUUGGGGAAAGGCAGUUGAAUCUGCUAAUAUAUUUUAAACGCAUGCAAAUUUAACAUUGCCAGCAGCUGCAUUGCCUAGUCUGGGUUUAAAAAUAAACAUUCUCCAGAAGCAAGAGAGGUGGGAGACAAGAAAAGUCAGACUUUGUAAUGGAUGAGGCACAAUUGGCAAAAACCAGGUAAGACAGUGGCAGGCCAUAACUGCCAGCUGAUCCCACUUCCUAGCUCAGGUUAGAGAAGCAAGAAGAUCCAGGAAGCAGAUAUGAAGAGUAGAGUGCAGUCUUUAACUGGUUAACUGGCUAGAUUAAACAAUUUUAAAAACUUUAACUGACUAAAAAAAUGCAGUUUGCUUUUGUGAUCACAUAGCAGUCACAGUGGCUUGAGAGAUAGGAGAUAGUCGCAUAAAUUCAAUUUAUUUUCAUAGGAAGUGGGAGCAAACAGCACUGGAGAUUUUUGUGAUGGGGGCAAAGAGAUUUGGCAAAAGAUACUAACCUUUCGAGUGGGUGGGAUUUUCUCCAUGGGAAUGGUCUAAUCUGGGAGCAAGGUUGUUCCAUGACAUGGCCAUAGUAUCUUCCCAGUCUUGGUAAACAUAUCUCUCUUUUAUGGUGUGUUUUUUUAAGGAUGCACCUGCAAAUGACACACACCUCACGCAUGUAAAGCGCAUGACUUCUCCACAAAGAAUCCUGGGAACCACAGUUUGUUAAGGGUGCUGGGAAUUGUAGCACCACGAGGGAGUAAACUACAGUUCCCCAGAUCUUUGGGAGAAGUCGUGCUUGGAAUGUGUGCCAUCUAUGUCUGAAGGAGGAACACCAUUGGGCUUCUACUUAUGGCAGUUCUGGCACCCCUUGAACCAUAGAAAUGUCGCGUUGAAACACAAGGAAAGAAGAGAAUGGCUUGUGUCGAUCUGCCCAGCCCAGCAAGGGGGAAUCAGUUAAACCUUCAGGCGGUGAGGUGGGAAGGAAACAAGGCCGGUGAGCGUGGAGAGGAAGGAAGUGGCGACAGCCAAACUGCCACGAGGCUCCUUGUGUUUUAUGUGCGGUUUGCGAGAAAUCGGUGCCUCUGUGCUUUUCAUAUCCCUGGCCCACAGCUGCACGGCUGACCCCUAGCGGCCGACGCAGCCCUCUGUUCUUGUCUCUAAGUAUAGAGCAUAACGCUUGAUGGGAGCUGCUCCCCUCCGCUUUUAGCUCAGCUGCGCAGAAACCGCGAUGCCACACAGAUACUGCAUGUGUGAUACAAGUCUCCUAAAACGGCAGCCCCCUCCACAUCCUUGCCAGGGGGAGGAAUCGCUUUCAGGCACCUCGCUGGGGGCUGCUUUGUGCGUAGCUGUUGUGGAAGCUAGCAAACGUUAUGCUUCAUACGUCUGCUUCUUUGUUUUCCAAUUUUUUUUAUUGAUUUUCACAGAAAUUUAAACACACAAACAAAUAAACAAACACACAUAAAUCAUAACUUUAGUAAAACUAAUCCAAUUAACAUUGUUAAGUGACUUCCUCGUAUCCCCCUAGUUGGAUUUCAGUGUACAGUGGUACCUCAGGUUACAUACGCUUCAGGUUACAGACUCCGCUAACCCAGAAAUAGUGCUUCAGGUUAAGAACUUUGCUUCAGGAUGAGAACAGAAAUUGUGCUCUGGCGGCGCGGCAGCAGCAGGGAGCCCCAUUAGCUAAAGUGGUGCUUCAGGUUAAGAACAGUUUCAGGUUAAGUACAGACCUCUAGAACGAAUUAAGUACUUAACCCGAGGUACCACUGUAUAUCAUUUUAACGGUUUUCCAAAUCAAUAUUCUUAUAAAAUUAACCUGGUCACUUAACAUCUUUCUUUCUUCCCAAUUCGGUAUUAAACAUAUUAGUUCAUCACAUUACAUAUUUGAAUCCUAAGCCUAUCCGGUAUUUGCAAGCUUUUCCCAAUUAAUUUAACUUAGCGUAUUUAACUAAAUAGUCAUUAAAUUUCAUCCAUUCUUCCUGGUACUCCUCCUCCUUCUGGUCAGGGACUCUUCCGGUCAGGUCGGCUAGCUCCGAAAAAUCCAUCAUCUUCAUCUGCCAUUCUUCCAGUGUUGGUACUUCCUGCGUUUUCCGUACGUCUGCUUCUGCCCAGCGGCAUCUGAGGAGGUUACCCCUUUCCUCCCUCAACCCACCCCCCAUAAAUAUAUGUGACCAAGUGUAAUGAACAGCCACAGGCAGCUCUAACUCUCCCUUGCCGUCUUCUGCAGUGUGUAAGUGGCAAUUAAAGACAAGAGAAAGGCAGCCUGGGAGGCGCUAAAUUUUAAUGUCUCUGCUUCUUCUGUAAUGUGGGUAGUGGCCUCUAGUUGACCCUGGAAUGUGUGUCAGCAAGCUUCCAUUUAGGCACCUAGAAUCAAGCCAGCCCCAGUGCUGGCUUGCUGACACGCUGUGCUGGAUUUCAAGAGACACACAGACAGAGACAUAUGGACCAGAGCACACCAGGCACUCCUGUCUUCCACUGCCUCCCGCAGUUUGGUCAAACUCAUGCUGGUAGCUUCGAGAACACUGUCCAAUCAUCUCGUCCUCCGUCGUCCCCUUCUCCUUGUGCCCUCCAUCUUUCCCAACAUCAGGGUCUUUUCCAGGGAGUCUUUUCUUCUCAUGAGGUGGCUAAAGUAUUGGAGCCUCAGCUUCAGGAUCUGUCCUUCCAGUGAGCACUCCGGGCUGAUUUCCUUCAGAAUGGAUCGGUUUGAUCUUCUUGCAGUCCAUGGGACUCUCAAGAGUCUCCUCCAGCACCAUAAUUCAAAAGCAUCAAUUCUUUGGCGAUUGCCUUCUUUAUUGUGCAGCUCUCACUUCCAUACAUCACUACUGGGAAAACCAUAGCUUUAACCUUUUGUUCUUUAGAGGUAUGCAAUAUUGUUUUGUAAAUGUAUGGGCAGGAAUUGAUAAAGCGGCAACUAUUGGAUAAAGGGAAUGGGAUAUAAGGAACAGAGGCAGGAUUUACAUUUGCUUCCGUGUUCUGCUUUCACCUCUGGCCUCGCCCACCACAGUGGCCCCCGGAAGGCUGCGCAGCUGGGAAUGUGGCCCUCAGCCUAGAAAAGGUUUCUCCGCCCUGAACUCUCUGUUCUUCUCUUUUGGCAGCUCCAGAUCAAGCAUGCCGUGACUGAGGCUGAAAUACAGCAACUGAAAAGAAAGGUAAGCUAUGAGAUCCCUUUCCCUCCCCUUGGAGACUUGCCCAAAUCCAUGGCUGAGAGUGUUUUCCACAAGCGCUGUAAGAGCUUCUUCCCGAGUUGGCUUUUAAUAGCAGGGCUAUUUUUAAUCUGUUUGCAUAGGGUUUGGAGUGGGGAGGCCCUGCCCCACCCUCAUGGUCACAAUCCCGAGAUUCUUCUCUUGCAAAGAUAAAAUAGAAACAGCCCCCAUAAAAGCCACCAUGAGCUUCUUGGGGGAAGGGUGAGACCAAAGCGAUGUGCCUGAAAUAAAAUGCUUGAAUGGAUCUAGUAUUUUGCCAGUUGGUUUGACUGUCCUUGCUAGGGAUGGUGGAGGAAUCCUUAUCAAAUGGAGUUACCGUACUUUUCCGUGUCCAGUCAUACCUCAUGUUACGUUUGCUUCAGGCUACGUUUUUUCAGGUUGCGUCCCGCAGCGACCUGGAAGUACCGGAAAGGGUUACUUCCGAGUAUCGCCACUCGGGCAUGUGCAGACGCGCAAAAUGACACCACGUGCAAAUCGUGACCCGUGCAUGCGCAGACGCACUGCUGCUGGUUGUGUUGUAUUCAUGUUGCGAAUGGGCCUCCAGAACGGAUCCUGUUUGCAACCAGAAGUACCACUGUAUUAGAGGAGGGGUUUUUUAAAUUAAAAAAGUACAGUGGUACCUCUGGUUACAUACGCUUCAGGUUACAUACGCCUCAGGUUACAGACUCCGCUAAUCCAGAAAUAUUACCUCGGGUUAAGAACUUUGCUUCAGGAUGAGAACAGAAAUCGUGCUCCGGCGACACGGCAGCAGCCCCAUUAGCUAAAGUGGUGCUUCAGGUUAAGAACAGUUUCAGGUUAAGAAUGGACCUCCGGAACAAGUUAAGUACGUAACCAGAGGUACCACUGUAUGAUAAAAAUUGGGGGUCAUCUUAUACAUGGAUAAUAGUGCAUAGGGGGAGAUGUGUGAUUGAUUGCUGCCACGAGCUGGAGAUUGUCAGCGGCAUGUUAUUGGUGGCUUCGGCAAGGGCUGGUGUUGAUUGGCUGUCGCUGCGGCAAUAGGGUGGGCGAUUAGCGGCUUCCGUCGGCGUGGGGACAGACAAUAGCUGGAGGGUAAGUGACUUUCGGCAAUCCACCCUAAAAAAAAGCUGAACAAUUAUGGGCCACCGCCGCCCCCCAAAAAGCUCAAACGCUAUGGGCAAUCCUCCCCCCAAAAAAAGUUCCAUAACUCUGGGCAAUCUCCCCCUAUUUUCUUAAUUUUGAGUCCCCCAAAAUAGGGGGUGUCUUAUACACGGGGGUGUGGUAUACACGAGAAAUACGGUAAUGCAGGGAUUUUGGCAGCUCUGACCACAUCAGACCAUCAAGUACCUCCUUAUUUUCCAACCACUUGCACGCUGUUGUGUGUGUGCUUAAACAGCUAAUUAGAUGAAAAAUGAUACACACACAAAAUUCAAAUAUUAUAGGUAUAAUAGGUAUGGAAAACUCCAGGCAGCACUACAUUUCCAUAGCAUAAUUUUCUAAUCAUGAAUACUUAAGUGUGUUUUUAUAAAGUUGCCUUCCCAUUUUUAUGUGCCGUUUAACUUUGGGGAACCUGGAAUGCGUCUGUGUUUAAUAUGGGUAUAUUAUGCCUAUAGUAAAGGCAUAUAUAGGGACGCGUGUGGCGCUGUGGGUUAAACCACAGAGCCUAGGACUUGCCAAUCAGAAGGUCGGCGGUUCAAAUCCCUGCGAUGGGGUAAGCUCCUGUUGCUCGGUCCCUGCUCCUGCCCUCCUAGCAGUUCAAAAGCACAUCAAAGUGCAAGUAGAUAAAUAGGUACCACUCCAUCGGGAAGGUAAACGGCGUUUCCAUGCACUGUUCUGGUUCGCCAGAAGCAGCUUAGUCAUGCUGGCCACAUGACCCAGAAGCUGUACACCGGCUCCCUUGGCCCAUAGAGCGAGAUGAGCGCCGCAACCCCAGAAUCAGUCACGACUGGACCUAAUGGUCAGGGGUCCCUUUACCUUCACUAAAGGCUUAUAUAAUGUGCGAAAAUUGUUUGUGUUUCUCGUGGGGGGGGCAGUAGCUCGCUUCUUGACAAGCUCAAGGAGCAAGAAGGGAAACAGCCAUGCAUUUAAAGCAAACGAGGAAUAUUGGGAACUGUAGGGUGCUAGGGGUGCUGGGAACUGUAGCGGUGAACUACAGUUCGUGGGAUUCUUUGGGGGAAGCCGUGUGCUUUAACUGCAUGGUGUGUACAUGUCCUUAGGGAGAAAUGUGUGCAGACGCAAAGGUUUUUGAAAAGUCCCAUUCCUUGCCCUGAGCUGUUUAGGUCUGGAGACCUAAAUAUGCCAGGGGCCACCCACUAGGUAGCUUCCUGGCAUCUACCUUUCUAGGAAUGCUGCCCAGCCUAGCAAAACUGCCUGUCUUCUCUCACCUCACCUCCCAUCCUUGCUUGCCAGAAGCACACUGAGAGCCAGUGUGGUGCAGUGGUUAAGAGCGGUAGUCUCAUAAUCUGGGGAACCGGGUUCGCGUCUCGGCUCCUCCACAUGCAGCUGCUGGGUGACCUUGGGCCAGUCACACUUCUCUGAAGUCUCUCAGCCCCACUCACCUCACAGAGUGUUUGUUGUGGGGGAGGAAGGGAAAGGAGAUUGUGAGCCGCUUUGAGACUCCUUAAAGGGAGUGAAAGGCGGGAUAUCAAAUCCAAACUCUUCUUCUCACUGUGAGAUAUACCUGUUUCUGCCAAGAAAAGGAGACCUCAAGGAGCAUUGGAGGCAGUGUGGAUGAAAAUCAAUGUUUUUUUAAUAAAAAAAUCAGAUUAUUUUUUUAAAUUUAAAUCAGAUUUUUUAAAAUUUAAAUUGUUUCUUUUUUUUAUUUAAAUUGGAUUUUAAAAAUGAAAUGCUUUUGGAGGAAAAAUCUUUCUAAAGGUAGUUUUCUAUUUAGGUUACAUUAUAGUCCAAAGGCUAUCAGGAAAUAAGGAUUUGUUUUAAGUUUUCCAUGUAUGCUAAAAUUCAGUCUAAGGUUUUUUUGUUUUGUUUUUUGUUUAUGUUUAACCACAUCAGUUAACAAACAUGGAUACAUAUGCUAUAAUGUUACUGCUGUACUUAAAUAAAUUGUUUAAAUUCUUAUUAAGGAAAUGAUUGUUUUUCUCCUUCCAAUAAAGUACAGCAUAAAAGUUGUCCAAAUAUAAACAGUUAACUUAUUAAAGCUCACAAUAAUUUCAUAAUUAUCUCUCUAUGUAUUUCUAAGAGUAUAACCAAAUCAGUAAUUUUUUAUAUAACUGUAAAAACCACUCUGAAAAUUUAUUAUUCCAAAAAUGAAACCUUCAUCUGGUUGUAAGAUUAUACCAGCAAGAAUGAGUUUUUCUGUGAAAAAACCCACACGAUUUAAAUCAAGUCUUACUGACUAGUGAUUUAAAUUGAUUUGAUUUAAAUCAAGUCCAGCCUGAUUGGAGGGAGGCUUGACUGACCUCUGCAGGGAACAGGGCCUCCUCGGUUGCUGCCCCAGUUGCUCAGCUGAGCACCCUCCUGCGAUUUCCACUCCUUAUAUGUUUGCUGCUGCUUUUCGUGUCGAUUUCUGACUUUCGCCGAGAUGACUCUCGGCUACGUCGCUGCUGUCCAUUUUGUUGUUGUUGAAUUUUACAAGAAAAGAAAAAGAAAGAUAAACAAAGAAUAAUACAUAGCACUAUAAACACAUUUAUAUACAUAUUUUCCAAAAUACAAACUAAAAAAAGAAAAAAGACAAAUGAUAAAAGAAAAAAAUACUUUUCAUAACCAAUAAUAUUACCAAAUUCUUGCUUCAAACAUUACAAUAUAUAAAUCUUAGUUAAAAUAUUAUAAAAGGCUUUCACCGCAUUCACCGCACGUCUCUUAGUUACUGUAUUUUUCGCUCUAUAAGACGCACCAGACCACAAGACGCACCUAGUUUUUGGAGGAGGAAAACAAGAAAAAAAAUAUUCUGAAUCUCAGAAGCCAGAACAGCAAGAGGGAUCAAUCCCUCUUGCUGUUCUGGCUUCUGGGAUAGCUGCACAGCCUGCAUUCGCUCCAAAAGACGCGCACACGUUUCCCCUUACUUUUUAGGAGGGAAAAAGUGAGUCUUAUAGAGCAAAAAAUACGGUAUCUUGCUCGCCUUUACAUCUGUUCUUUAAUCAUUUCCCUUCCUUAGAUUCUUUCAUAGUCAGUCAAAUCUUUAUGUUCACCAUCCGUUUUGUUUUAAUUACGGCUCAAAGCAGUGCGCCGAUUUAGUUAGCUUCUGAGAAAACGAGUAAGCCUCUCCCUCGCGCUGUCUUCCCUCAGCUGCAGUCCAUCGAACAAGAGAAAUCCCGCUGGCGCCUCGAGAAAGCCCAGCUAGAACAGAGCGUGGAGGAGAACAAGGAGCGGAUGGAGAAGCUGGAGGGGUACUGGAUGGAAGCCCAGAACUUGUGCCAGGCUGUGGACGAGCACUUGAAAGAAACCCAAGCCCAGUAUCAGACUCUGGAGAGGAAGUACAGCAAAGCCAAGAGGCUCAUCAAGGAGUAUCAGCAGAAGUAAGGACUCCCUUUCCAGAGCCCUGUCCCGUAAACGGCAAUGAUAUGCAUGCCUGCUAAGAAUCAUGGAACCAUAGUGUGCUGGGCCCGGGGGUAACCCGUAAAAUGCAGUCCAGGACCAGUCCAGAAUCCGCAGGUUCCGCUGGGAGUCAGUCCGACAGGGCCAAGGCAGGACACAAGGCAAGGACAGGUACAAGAUCUCAGGCAGGAUCUAGCAUACAGCAAUGUUGCUCCCGCAACCUGGGGCAGGGUCCGACAGCCUUUUAUCUUUGUCAGGGUAGCAGCUGGUCCUGAUCCCCCGGCGACUCACCUCCCUGUUUUGCCCGAAGGCGAGCACUCCACCUGCGAGUACUCAGGUCUCUCCUUCUCUCAGACCUCAGUCUCUGCAGCUCGGGAGAGUGGCCAACUGCUGAGGACAAACACAAAACGGGUGGACACUACUAUCACACCUUGCUGGAUAGCAUCAUGGGAGCAGCAGGUGUGCCACUCUUGAGGGCUUUUGAUCUGACCCACCAAACCAGGGCAGUUCCUAACUCCCUGAGUGUCAAGGCUUCAGGGAAUCUGAUCCCCCUUCCUCCCGGCUGGCAGCCAGAAAUGGGUGUGCUGGGCCCGGGGGUAACCCAUGAAACACGGUCCAGGAUCAGUCCAGAAUCCAUAGGUUCUGCUGGAAGUCAGUCCGAUAGGGCCAAGGCAGGACACGAGGCAGGAAACCAGGCAAGGUCAGCCACAGGGUCUCAGGCAGGUUCUAGCAAACAGCAAUGUUGCUCCCGCAACCUGGGGCGGGGUCCGACAGCCUUUUAUCUUUGUUGGGGUAGCGGCCGGUCCUGAUCCCCCGGCGACUCACCUCCCUGUUUCGCCCGAAGGCGAGUACCCCUCCUGCGAGUACUCAGGUCUCUCCUUCUCUCAGACCUUAGUCUCUGCAGCUCGGGAGACGUCGGUGGGUUACCAGAUCCAGAAGCGGCCUCAGCCUCCCCUGACCCAACUGGUAGUGGAGCAGCUGUAAGUGAUGGCCCAGCUGAAGGCAACGAGCCAAUCCCCACAUCUGGAGCCAGGGCAGGCUCAGGCCCCUGACUCGGCCCAGCUGGUGUUUGUUGCAAGGGAACCUGUGCAGACUGGGACUCUUCGGGAUCAGGCCCCAGACUUGGUUCAGAUGAUGCCUGAGGCAAAGGAUCUGGUGCAGACUGAGUCUCCUCUGGUUCCAAGUCCAAGCCCGAGUCCCAGGCCAUCACACAUAGAAUUGUAAGAGAGAAUGCCUUCAUCAACCUUUUUAGGCCCACUUUCGUUUGAAAUAGAAGUACUGCAUCGUUUUGGUAUAAUAAUACAGUGGAACCUCGGUUCCCGAACACCUCCGUUCUCAUAUGUUUCGGUUCCCAAACGCCAAAAACCCAGAAAUAAAUGCUUCCAUUUUUGAACGUUUUUUUUGGAACCUGAGCGUGCAGUGUGGCUUCCGCUGAGUGCAAGAAGCUCUUGAAACCAAUAGGAAGCUGUGCCUCAGUUUUCAAAAGUUUCAGAAGCUUCUGGAACAGAUUUCAUUCAUGAACCAAGGUUCCACUGUACAGAGCAGUGAUGGCCAAACUGGGCCCUCCAGCUGUUUUGGGACUACAACUCCCAUCAUCCCUAGCUAACAGGACCAUUGGUCAGGGAUGAUGUGAACUGUAGUCCCAAAACAGCUGGAGGGCCCAGUUUGGCCAUCACUGGUAUAGAGGAUGGCUAUUCUGGCCAAUUUAGGGCCAUUAUACUCUGGGGAUGUUAAACUCUGGACAAUAUCAUUUAUAUAUAAAUUAAACAGUGCAAAGGAAAAAGCGUCUCAAAGCGCCAAAAUUCUGACACGCUUUUUCCAUACGAAAGGUGGCAAUCCCAUACCAUCAGUCCUUGAAGUGUUUAAAGCUAAACCCCUAGCACAGUUAUAUUAUAUGGGGCUCAGAUUUGGACAGGCACUCACCUUGGAUCUACAGAAGCUGUACAAUCCUAAGUUCCUAAGGCAUUUUUCCUGUUCCAUCCUGUUUUCCAAAUGCUUCAUUGCGCUUGAAGGCUAAUCUCCCCUCCGCUGAAUUACAGAUUUGGUGUAGGACAUUUCAUUAUUGGCUUCAGCUAAAUUUAAACCCCACUGGUCUACUACCCUUAGUAUUGCAAGAGCGCUUGGACUAUUUCAGGAGAACGGGACCCUGGUGGGAACAAGGUGGGAGAGUCCUGAGGUGGUGGAAUGGGCUGAACCGCUUCAGACUAUAGGUGUGGAAUGAUGUUUUGAAUGCUUCCCCAUGUAAAAGGUUGCCUGCAAAUAAAACUAGUCAAGAAGGGAGAACAAGAACCUUUCUCUCUGGUAGGCUAGUUAUGGCUGUUCUUCUACUUCCAAGGAGGAGUUUGUGUGUGUUUUUUAACAUGGAGAAAGCAUAUGAAAAGGGCAUCUCCCACCUCUAGCCUAAAACGGACCAAUUCACUUUGCCAACUCAGCAUUCUGAGACGUGGGUGGCGCUGUGGUCUAAACCACUGAGCCUCUUGGGCUUGCCGAUCGGAAGGUUGAUGGUUCGAAUCCCUAUGACGUGGUGAGCUCCCGUUGCUCUGUCCCAGCUCCUGCCAACCUAGUAGUUCGAAAGCACACCAGUGCUAGUAGAUAAAUAGGUACCACUGCAGCGGGGAGGUAAACAGCGUUUCCGUACGCUCUGGUUUCCGUCACGGUGUUCUGUAGUGCCAGAAGCAGUUUAGUCAUGCUAUCCACAUGACCAGAAAGCUGUCUGUGGACAAACGCUGGCUCCCUCGGCCUGAAGCGAGAUGAGCACUGCAACCCCGUAGUCGCCUUUGACUGGACUUAACUGUCCAGGGGUCCUUUACCUUUACCUCUGCUAUGUCCUGCUGCAUAUGUAGUAAUAUCAUCAUCAUCAUAUGCUGCCCAUCUGACUGAGUUGCCCCUGCCACUCUGGGCAGCUUCCAACCGAUCUGAACGAGAGCCAGUGUGCUGUAGUGGUUAAGAGCGGUAGACUCGCAAUCUGGUGAAUCGGGUUCGCGUCUCCGCUCCUCCACAUGCAGCUGCUGGGUGACCUUGGGCCAGUCACACUUCUCUGAAGUCUCUCAGCCCCACUCACAUCACAGACUGUUUGUUGUGGGGGAGGAAGGGAAAGGAGAAUGUUAGCCGUUUUGAGACUCCUUCGGGUAGUGAUAAAGUGGGAUGUCAAAUCCAAACUCUUCUUCUGAACUCUUCUGAUGGCCCUAAGGUUAGACCAUUUCCCAACAUUCAGGAGACUCCCCCUGCUUGCCUCUUAACCAGCCCCCUCUGGAGGCAGGAAUGGGGAGCCUCUAGGAUAGCUAGAUGUUGCUGGACUGCAGCUCUCCUCAUCCCUGACCAUCCCUGGUCCAUACUGACUGGAGCUGGUGGGAUUUAGAGUCCCAUCAUAUCCGGAGGCCACUGGUUGCCCCUCCUUGCUUUAAGGACCUACGGGACCGCCUCUCCUGGUAUGCCCCGUGGAGGACCUUAAGGUCCACAAAUAACAACACUUUGAAGGUCCGGAGCCUCAAGGAGGUUAGAUUGGUUUCAACUAGGGCCAGGGCCUUUUCAGCAUUGGCCCCAACGUGGUGGAACACUCUGUCACAAGAGACUAGGGCCCUGUGGGACUUGACAUCUUUGCACAGGGCCUGCAAGACAGAGCUGUUCCGCCUGGCCUUUGGUUUGGACUCGGUCUGACCCUUAUAUUUCCUUCCCCUUAUGGUCUUGAUUUAUCGACUACUUUAAAAUGAGGCUGCAUUUUAAAUUGCAUUUUAACCUGUAUUUUAAAUUGGUGUCCCCCCUCUCUUUUCCCCCUAUUAUGUUUUUACUGUGAUUUUAUUGUUGUUAGCUCUGGCCAGGGAGGUCGGGGGUAUAAAUAAAAUUUAUUAUUAUUAUUAUUAAAGAGUGCUUCUGACUCUGGCUCUUCCCCUCUUACAGAGAGAUUGAGUUCCUGAAGAAGGAGACAGCUCAGCGUCGCAUCCAGGAGGAGUCUGAGCUGGCCCACAAGGAGGAAGUGGACAAGUUGCAGGAGAAGGUGGGCAUCAAGGACAGCACUGGGGGUUUGCCUUGAGCCCCCGAGGAAAAGAAAGAAAGAAAGAAAGAAAGAAAGAAAGAAAGAAAGAAAGAAAGGGCUUUGCUGUGACUGGAGAGGCCUUGGUUCAGUUCAGCUCAGGGAUACAUGUGAGAUGUGUGCACUUGGAAGGGGCCUGGUUGUUGACGUGGGUAGAGGAAGGGUUGGGGCGAGAGGGACACUCCCAUCUUUCUGAACUCCUGUAGAGUUGGGUAUCAAUGCUUGAGUCUUGUAGGACCUUGUGUCACGUGCUGGAUCACUCAUUAAGCAGAUCCUGCUGCUCAAAGGCAGGGGGUGGGAAGACUGAUCUUUUUGAAUUCCACAUUGAGAACACAUCCCACGCCUAUAUCACACUCAGAUUUUUUGGGGUGUUGGUGGCCGGGGUGUCCUUUCUACAGAGUCCCGCUGAAACUUCCACCAGGACAAAGUGGAUCUUUACAAGCCCACGCUCGCCCACCUUCCCCAGAUCCUGUGAUGUGAGAUUCCGCAUCCCAGAUCUACAGGGAUCUCUUAAGGUUGUGCAGUGUUCUAUUUAGCUUGCAGACACUUGAUCCUAGAUCAAACGCCGUCUCUCCACCACGUAUACAUGGGCGUUGGGCCUUCACUUGAUCCUGCAACAGGUCUCGUGUCAAAUCUAUAUCUCUCCUUGCUGGGCCAGUUGCAGAUCCCUGCCACACCCUGGUUCCUACAUCAGGCAGUGGAUCAUGUCAGACUCGUCAGGUUGUUCUCAUGCCUCUGUGUGUUAAAUGUGUGCAUUGUGUGUGUGUGUGUGUGUGUGUGUGUGUGUGUGUGAAUGCACCUGGGUUUCUGUACUGCGGCUACACUGAUCGGAGAGCAACGUAGAAUCUCUCUCUUCCAACAUCCAGGAGAUUCCCCAUGCUCCCUCUGGAGGACAUCACUUGUACUGCAGCUCCUAGAAGCCCCCUCCAAAACCCAAAUCACAGCGGCAGGUCUCAGUGUGUUCCUCUUCUUUGCACAGAACACUGAACGCAACUCACACACACCCCUGCGCCAUUCAUCUCCAUUGAGGUCGACCAGGCUAGCACAUGCAUUUGAGCACUGCCACCACUGCUGCUCUUCAGCAUUUACAAAGUGCCAAGCUCUUAAGGAAAGAGUGAGGAUCACCUGCACAGGGCCCAGAAUAAGCAGAGGUGCACAUUUUGCCAGGACCGCAUUGUGCUUUGCACAGUCAUUUCACUCCUACAUGGCUGUGGCCUGCCACUCGACGGAGAACAGGCAGCACGAACCACAUUCUACAUGGCUAGAGCACUAGGCGGCAGCAAUUGCCACGACUGUGGUGGAUGGAAAAAACAAGGCCAUGAGACAGUUGGAGCGGGGUGGGUGGGUAACCACCAACCUCUCCCUGCAAACAGAAAGCUAGCAAGGAGAAACCUUCUAUUUGUGAGUUUUUAGCAUAAGGGAACAUUCAGCAUUGGCAGCCUCCCACAUUGUCUGAUGUGGUACAAUCCGCAUAAUAAUAAUAAUAAUAAUAAUAAUAAUAUACAUUUUAUUUAUACUCCGCCCUCCCCGGCCAGAGCCAGGCUCAGGGCGGCUAACACCAAUAAAAUAAAAUAGCAGUAAAAACAUAAUAGGAUAAUAAUAAGGAUAUAGCCUCCUAUCAAGCCAUCACCUCCCCUUCACCUUAAUUGUGAUCUCCCUAUUUUCUUAGAAUGCUUUCUGCUGACUGUGUCUGAAUUCGUCCUGGGCUGACUGCUCUCUAAUGAAUAAAAAAAUGGUGAAUUAGUCUGCCAAACAGCAGCCUGCCCACAUCAGGACGCUGCUCCCAUCUCCGAAUGUGUUAUACCUUUGAUUUGACCCAAGCAUCAGACCAAAGGCUUCCGCCAUGCUUAUUUUCUCAACCAUGUCCAUCGGCUCUCAUUCCCCAACCAUUACUUCACCCCAUCACCCCACUGAUUUCUCCUGGAACUGCUCCUGGCCAACUUUCCACCUCUGAUUUGCCCUUUGAGCCUUCAGUCAUUUCAUUCCCUUAUUUAGUUUUAACUAUCCAUUAUUCAUGUGUUUCAUUACAUAUACCUUUAAAGCCCUAAUGGCCUUGGCCCAGUAUACCUGAAGGAGCGUCUCCACCACCAUCAUUCUGCCCGGACACUGAGGUCCAGCGCCGAGGGCCUUCUGGCGGUUCCCUCAUUGUGAGAAGUGAGGUUGCAGGGAACCAGGCAGAGGGCCUUCUCGGUAGUGGCGCCUGCCCUGUGGAAUGCCCUCCCUUCAGAUGUGAAGGAAAUAAAUCUUUAAAAGACAUCUAAAGGCAGCCCUGUUUAGGGAAGUUUUUAAUAUUUAAUGCUGUAUUGUUUUUAACACUCGAUUGGAAGCCACCCAGAGUGGCUGGGGAAACUCAGCCAGAUGGGCGGGGUAUAAAUAAUAAAUUAUUAUUAUUAUUAUUAUUAUUAUUAUUAUUAUUAUUAUUAUACCCAUGCAGCUUACAAUACAGAAAGUGCUUCAACGUUCGGUUCCCAGAAGCAGAGCUGAUUAUACAAAGCUUAUCUGGCGUAUGCAACUUUUAACUGGAUCUGCAUAGUUUACGCUGUGCGGCCUUUUGCCGAACUCAGAGCAGAGGAACCCGUCUCAAAACGGACGUGGAGCAGACUGCAAGCCUAAACGUUCAGAAGCCGUGUUAAUGAGCUCCCCCCCCCCCACGUCAUUUGUAUCCAUACAAUUCUCCUUUGGCGUGCCCCUUCAUCCCCCUUUUUCACAGCCUGUUCCCGUUGCUGUUAAUGGCGCUGAGCCAGCCAGCCAAUUUCCACCAUGUCUCCUUCCCUCGUGUCUUCCCAUCUCUCCCCCCCCCCCGCUAUUUUUCUACCUGGAAAUCUCCUCUUCACCCCCUUUCUGUUGUGUGUUUUUCAGAUCUCUGAACUGGAGGCGAAGCUGCAGACUUUGAAAAAUUCCAACCCGACUUAA